AUGAAGCAUUUUGUACUCAGGUAUAGAUACCCAAGUAGCAGGCUGUGCCAGAUUUCUUCUUACCUCUCUCAUCCUUUUACAGAGCCCUAAUUGCAAGCACCUGUCCUUUCUUUCAUUCAGAAAUAAAUGGUCCAGCUGGCAAAGGUACAGAGAUAAUGGAUGUACAGAGAGAUCAGCUGGCGUUCCAGAGCCAAGGAGUGCUCUGUGCUGCAGUAUAUGAAUGACAAAAAUAAAUCCAGACAACUUAAUACAAAAUACAUGUGCUCUGCCUUUGACUCUAUGUCCUGAAGUCUAAGGGAUUUUCCCCCUAACCAAAGAACGUUGGGAGCGCAAUUCCUUGCGGGUGCAGAGCCUUCUGUGGAAAGAACAGGCUAAGGCUCUACUCCAGAAGUAGCCAAUGAGGUGCCCUCUGGAUGUUAUGAACUCAAAGUCCCAUCAGCUGCAGCCCUCAUGACCAAUGUUCAGGGAUGAUGGGAACUGGAGUCCAAAAUCUGUGGAGGACACUUCACACAGCAUUUGCCUGUCAGAUAAAUGGGUUGCCCCACAUCUCAGUGCUUUCUUCAGGACAGUGCCCACUUGUGUAUAGGUGGUACACAUGUAGCUUCAUUCCUCAACGAAUGGACUGGCUGAUCAUUUUGCCAUGCCGUUGCUAGGGCUUAAUGUAGUUGCUAGGCAACCAUCAGGUUUGGUGACCAAGGAUCACACACACACACACACACACACACACACACACACACGUGAUGGUUGGUUGGUGAAGGACCCUGAGUGAGAGGCAGGGAAGGGAAGAUCUCCAAGGUGAGAGCUGUGAGGAUCCACCACUUUCUGUGUAAGACAAAGGUUAGGAGCUACCUUUGACACAGGACUCUGAAUUCUCUUUUCUCUUCAUCUUUCUGUCUAGAUUAGUUUUUUUUAUUUUUUACUAUUACUAUUGUUUACUGUAUUAUGAAAAAGCUUUAAUAAAAUCUUAUUAAAAAAGAAGAAAACCAAGAAGUAUCUCCAGCUCAAUAAUAGGAGGAAAAGAUCAGGGGGUCUCAAUGGAGUCACAUAUGGGAAAGAAUCAAGGUCCCCACUUCCCCUAAAUCAGGGGUGGCCAACUCCCAAGAGACUGCGAUCUACCUCAUAGAGUUAAAAACUGGCAGUGAUCUACCCCCUUUUUAGGGGUUCAGGUCGAAUAAGUUGUUGAGCUUUUUUUUUAGGAAGGAAAGCCCUGUUUUUGGGGGUGCAGGCCAACACUGUUAAACUUGUUGUUGAGCUUGUUUGUGGGGAGCCAGUAAUCUACCACAGACAUCAAGUGAUCUACUGGUAGAUCACAAUCUACCUGUUGAACGUGCCUGCCCUAAAUUAUUGGUCCUGGUGUCCAAGUGAUUGAGGAAGGCAGAGAUCAAGUUCCUCCUCCUCCUCCUAACCAGGCUUGCUUAUUGAUUUGGAAUAUUUAUAAAGUGCUAAGCAUUACAACAUACCACAGCGGUGUCAGUUAAGAAAAAAAAAUACAAGACAUAUAAGCUGAUACAAACAGUUCUCCAAAGAGAAAUCAGAUACUGCCUGCUCGGGUGGAGAGGCUUCCCCUUCUUACUUCCUUACUUCCUAACUGCAAACAGCAGCCAGUUAUGGUCAAAUAGCGGGUUCCUACAUUUUGAAGGGCAGUGGGGAAACCCGAACCACCCUUUGCACCUUUGGACUGGCUAUGCAUCAGAAAAUCCAAAUGUUCUAAGUGACACAGAGUCCAAAUUGAAAACUCACAGAAAUGGCAUGACCUCCCUCAAGCAAAGUACAGUGAAACCCUCUGGGUCACCAUUCAUCUAAAAAUGUGUUUUCUGUCAAGUCCAAAUCCCGUCCCUCCUUCCCCAGCUCUGAAGUUGCCAAAGUGCUUUGUAUCCUGGGCUAGAUUGGAAAACGCGCUUUAUCUGUUCAAUUGCAACCGAGAUCUGCUAGUGAGAACAGACUGUAUGUGGUAGUUGUUUUGUGACUGGGACAUCUGGUAUCGCUGCUUCAGGUAGCCGGCUGUGCCAAGUUUUCCCCCCUUACAUCUCCACAGUCUCAUCCUUUUAUAAUCAGAAACAUCUGUCUUCUCUUCUCUUUCAUUCAGAAAUAAAUGGUCCAACUGGCAAAGAAGCAGAGGUAACAGAUAAACAGAGAAGUAGAUGGCUGGGGGGGGGGGGGGAUUAUAGAUCCAGGAGGUGCUCUGUGCUUCAGUAUAUUUGUCAAAAAGACAAAUCGCUUACCAUUUAUUUACUAGCAACAAGUAGGAAUGUUUUGCCUUAUUAAUGUUGCAUACCUUGACAGGGAUCACGGUUCACGUUGCUCUGAUGUGCCCGCGUGAAACAUGGUGGGAAAGUUAACAUCCCAUAUGCACAUUGUGCUUACAGCGCUGAAAGUUUAGGGGGCUGGAUCAGUCUGUCAAAUUGUGUCACAGAAAAGGCUAGUGUGAACUGGGAGGCACACAAUGGAAGGCAAGUAAUCAUCUAGACCAAGGCAAAAUCUUCUUCUUCUUCUUCUUCUUCUUCUUCUUCUUCUUCUUCUUCUUUAAAAUAAAUUAUUAUUUAUACCCCAUCCAUCUGCCUGGGUUUCCCCAGCCACUCAGGGCAGCUUCCAACAAAAUAUUAAAAAUACAAUAAAACAUCAGACAUUAAAAACUCCCCUAAACAGGGCUGCCUUCAGAUGUCUUCUACACGUCAGAUAGUUGUUCAUUUCCUUGACAUCUGAUGGGAGGGCGUUCCACAGGGCAGGUGCCACUACUGAGAAGGCCCUCUGCCUGGUUCCCUGUAGCAUUGCUUCUCGCAGGGAGGGAACCGUCAGAAGGCCCUCAGAGCUGGAUGAUGGGGUUGGAGAUGCUCCUUCAGGUAUACUGGACCGAGGCCGUUUAGGGCUUUAAAGGUCAGCACCAACACUUUGAAUUGUGCCCAGAAACAUACUGGGAGCCAAUGUAGGUCUUUCAGGACUGGUGUUGUGUGCUCUCGGCAGCCGCUCCCAGUCACCAGUCCAGCUGCCACAUUCUGGAUUAGUUGUAGUUUCUGGGUCACCUUCAAAGGUAGCCCCAUGUAGAGUGCAUUGCAGUAGUCCAAAUAAGAAUAAGAAUGCAGCCACAACCAUGGCUGCCAGCUCUCUUUGUUUACUACUAAGGCCCCAUCUGCACUAUCAGUUUAAGGCAGCAUCAUACCACUUUACACUAUCAUGGCUUCCCCCCCCAGAGAAUCAUGGGAUGUGUAGUUUGUUAAGGGUGCAAAUAGUUGUUAGGAGUCCCUUGUUCCCUUACAGAAAUACAAUUUUCAGAGGAGUUUCAUGUCCUUUUCUCAAAUGGGGCUUCAGUCCACAUUAGCCUUCCUCUGUGUGGUCCUGUAUCUGCACAUAUGUGCCAACUCCUAGGGUCCCCCAAACUCCCAUUGGCCCCCCCCAAUAAAAAUUGAGGGGGCCGGGUGCCCCCCCUAAGUUGAUGGGCAACGCUACCUGCCUGCCUUUUCCACGUUUGGAUUCAUUUCCCAGCAAGCCCUGCAAAAGAACUUGUAAAAGGGUUGCUGGAUGGCAAGGGAACCUGGAUUGGCCAGAAACCUCUGGCAUUGUUCCUUAUAGCCCUUGUGAUUGGAGGUGGAAGGGUUCAAGCCAUCGGUAGGCAAACUAAGGCCCGGGGGCCGGAUCCAGCCCAAUCGCCUUCUAAAUCUGGCCCGCAGAUGGUCCGGGAAUAAACAUGUUUUUACAUGAGUAGAAUGUGUCCUUUUAUUUGAAAUGCAUUUCUGGGUUAUUUGUGAGGCAUAGGAAUUCGUUUAUUUUUUCCAAAAUAUAGUUUGGCCACCACAGUGUCUGAGGGACAGUGGACCGGCCCCUUGCUGAAAAAGAUUGCUGACCCCUGGUUCAAGCUAUCUGACUUUCAGAAGACAUCUGAAGGCAGCCCUGUUUAGGGAAGUUUUUAAUGUUUGAUGUUUUAUCAUGUUUUUACUAUUCUGCUGAGAGCUGCCCAGAGUGGCUGGGGAAAUAAUAAUAAUAAUAAUAAUAAUAAUAAUAAUAAUAAAUAUCACAGCAUUUACAAUCCCGGCAAAAUCCAAACCCAUAAAACCAGCACAUAGUUAACCACCAGAAUGUCUGGCAAAAUAACACUUUUAAAAAGCUUUCCUUGCUUAAAACAUUGAAGUAGCGUUGUUGCCCAACAACCUUCCUUAGAGAGACAGUUCCACCGCCAGAAAUAAAAGGCCCCGUUUCACCAUGUAGACCAUGGGUCCCUCCAGAUAGGGAUGGGCAAAUCCAUCCAUUUCCAUUUCUCAUUUUUCUCAUCUUAAACUCAGUUCUCCACAUUUCUGCAUCAGUUUCUUUGUCGGGGUUUUUUUUUCAUGCCUUGGCCCACCACCAGUGGCUCUGCUGUGUCCGGACCCACAAACUACAGCUCCCAGCAUUCUUUGUGGGAAGCUAUAAUGGUUUAAAGUGCCAUCAUAGUUCUCUAAAUGUCUGGUGUGAAUGUAGGCUGGGAGUCAACAUUUUUUUCCUGGCUCAUUUGAUUAAAUCCAUUAUAGGCUAACCUGUUAUUCAGACAUCACUUGUUUUUAUAGUCAGAGCUGAAAUAGAGAGAGAGAAACUGCUUCGGGGGGGGGGGGGAGCAAAUAUUAAUACAUUGAAAACAUUUCUUUCUUGAUUUAAAGUAAGACAAUAAAAUAUUACUGGAUAUAUAAUACUGCUUUAAAACUAAUCUGCCUUACAACAGAUGGUUGUAAAACAAGAACAUUGUGCCAUCAUUAGCGAGCCAGCAUGUUUAAACUUCUGAGUGUACAACUAAUUUAUCAGCUUACAUUUAAUAAAGGAUUUAACUGAAGUCAUAUCUGGAUCUCUUUAAGGUGGGUUUUUAUCUCUGUAUCCACAAUUGUAUGCAAACAGAAACCUCUCUCAUCUAUACAUUCAAAAGAAAACAAACACCCGUCCACAUUUAGAUCUGGCUUGCUACCAAGUUUGGAGUUGGUGAUUAGGAAAGCAGGUGUGUGAUGAGAGAUUGCUAAAGCGAUUAAAGUUAGAGGAUGUAAAGUAGAUUUUAUUGGACAGAUUUUCUUUCUUUAAAGCAAAGGGCAUGAUCCCACCAAAAUUAAAUAUUUUAAGCCGCAUUAGAUUCAAAUGAGAGAAUUUUAGGCUGCAGUUCAGAGUCUAGCUACUUACCUAAGAUUGAGUCAAUUUGAACUCAGUGGGACUAGCCCCUGAGUAGACAUAUAUAGGUAUAACUUGCUAGGCAUGUGCUUACUGCUUCAGUGAAAUCAGUAGGCUGCAAUCCUAUGGAAUUGGCACGCAUAUCCUCAAACCCUAUUGAUUUCAUUGAAAGAGGAAUUGAACGCUCAACCGAUGAGUGAAAACUUCACUCAUUCUCCCUGCAGGGGUCUGCUUUGCCACCAUGUUCCCCACAAAGAACACACUUGAGAAGCAGCCCAAAGCAGGAUUGAACUCUGCUCGCCAGCUGAUAAGCAGAGGGUUAAAUCCUGCUCUCUGCAGGAGUCUGCUUUGCCGCCAUGUUUCCUGCUGAUGCAGGGCCAGAUUUAGGUUUGAUGAGGCCCUCAGCUACCGAAGGUAAUGGGGCCCUUUAUAUGUCCAGCUGUCCUUUGUCAACCACAAAUUGCCGCUAUUUUUUGCGUUGAAUAUAUGCUAUAUGGACCUAAUAGGUAUCUAAAGCCAUUUGCACAUAACAAAAUAUGUACUGUAUUUUAUCAAAGUAAUUGUUGAACUGAAAUACAGUUAAGAAGAAGUAUAUUAAUAGUGAAAUAAUUAUUAAGCUCUAACUUAAAUUUUUUCUCCCCUUUGAAUUUUUUUUGGGUGCCCAAGAGAGUGGGGCUCUAAGCUAUAGCUUGUUUAGCUUAUACGUAAAUCCAGCACUUUGGUGGACAGGCAGGUGUGGUUUAGGGAAAGUGUCCUUGCAGGUCAAAUAAGACUUGCAGCAGGCCAUUAGUCGGAGUAUCCUCACCCCCGGCAUUCCCCAUUGAGCAUAGCAGAACUUACUUCUGAGUAAACGUGCACAGGACUAGGCUGUUAAAAGUGCCUUGACAGUGCCAGAAAUAAUGUUCAGAAAUAGUACUGAGGGGGGUGGGAUUUUUACUGCCCCAUAAAAUCAGAAUCUGGCACAGAUAUUUUCCGGAGAGGCUUUUUACAAUAUGUGAUGUUAAACAGAAACUCAUUUGGUGGCUUGAGUUUAUCAUACAGAUAUAGGUAAUCUCAGUGUAUAUUUAGGAAGACCUUGAUGGGCAUUCAAUAAUAUUAGGCUUAAUACAAAGCUUUUUUGUUGUUUGUUUGAAUUACAUAUGCAAGUAUAGUUGGAUGUGAAUAAUAAUAAAUCAAACCAGAUCAUUCUCAGGCAUAUCCAGUAUCCUGAAGAAACAACAGAGCCAAUUAUCUGAUAGUGUUACAUGGUUGUCUUCUGGGCUGUUAUAUUGUGAGAGAGGCAUGAAAUCCCUGAGGAUACUUUGAGUCCCUCUUACAUUCUUGUUAGAAAGCCGAGAAUCACAGCUUUGGUGCUGCUGCUGCUUCCUUUUUUUUUUUUAGCAAGUCUCUAGUCCACAUUGUUGCAAGGAGAGCAUGGAAGUGUGAUAGCAGAGUGCUAAAAAGAUAUCUAAAAUAUUCAGAAGCUAGGUGGCUGUGAUAGACCUAUGCCUAGAAUUAGUGCCUUUUCAAAUCGCAGUGAUUCAUAAGGUGGCAGGCCUGGUUCAGAAUUAUUCCCAAUCGCCAAUCCUGGUUUGGAGAUUGGAAGAGUACCGCGAGGCUGAUGUUCUGUUUCCUUUCUCCUCCACCCUCUUUUCAGGAAGGGGUUUGCUGAUUUCUGGGUCUUGACAGGAAGUGUGGCAAUGAGAAACAGGAUGUCCCUAUUUUCAUCAGAGAAAUGUUGGAGGGUAUGGAAGCUAUGGAUAGAACUUCCUCUUGCUUGCCUCCAAUGGCUCCUUCCUGCAGGCCACACUUAGGAGUGAUACUCCUGUAAAGAGACCCCAGCCCACCUCUGAGUGGUGUAGGACUGUUUUGUUUUUUUAUUAAAAAAAAAGUUUGGAAACACAUGGAAAAAAUGAAAACUUUGGCCAACGCGCCAAGUUUAAGUAGGGUAAGAAUCUAAUCCCAAAAGUUUGGAGAAUUCUUUUUCCUGCCUAUGAUGUUUUCAGGAGGGUUGUUUUGUGACUCCUUUCCUAUCAACUGCUUUCUGCUGUGCUGGCCUUGCUCCUUGCAUACCAUAAACCUAAGGUUGAUCUGCAAAGAUGCCUUGAUCCUUACAGGAAGUCCUUACAUCUGACCAAGUUUUGGAGCACAGCUGCUUCAUUAGGUGGGGCUGGACAAGGGAAGUUGUCCUUCGUGCAUCCGCUAUUUUGCAAAUAAGUUUUGUGUGACCCAGAUAAUGAUCUAUCACAGCUGCAAACCAUGGCAUCGAGACAGAGUUCAAGCCUGGGCGGGGCCCUCUGGUAGUUAUCCAAAAGGCUCAAAUACAAGUGGGUGGGUGAAAUAAUAUUUACACUCACAGUAACCCUUUAGAAAUGUAAAAAAAGCUUGCCUAAGUCCCUCAGGUUUAGACAGAGAACCUAAACUGUUAAUACUGCCAAGAGCUUCUCGCUCAAUUUUUUAUGUUAUUUUUUCCUAUCAAGUCUCGCUGCUACAGCUCCGUUUGCAAAGAACAGGAUUCCAUCACACUUAUUCAUGUGGAACGGUAACAGAUUUUAAAAGGUCCUACUGAUAUUAGCUGGGUCACAUACUAGCUGUUGCUCAACAGGAAUUCAGGGGAAGGAGAAAAGGUCAUAGCUCUUGCUCAGUGCCAGAACACCCCAUGAAGUUCUUACAGUAAGUCACCAGGCGAUUCGGGGCAGCCCUGAACACAGCCAUGUUCACCACCUAUGGAGGUGCUAAAAGCUUUGGCAUGCUGUCUUCCUAGCUGGUUUGGGAGACACCCCUGGUUCUGGUGCAGGUCAAAUAAAUGUGUCCCUGCCUCCCUCAUUCUCUUAGAUUCCAGUGGAUGGUUAGGGCAGCUUGGAAGAGCCCUAACAUGUUAUUUGAUGUGCCUGAUGCUCAAGGCAGCUCACAACACAUUUGUCAUGAUUAAAGGAAAAACUGCACUGAGCAACUCGCAAUAUAACACAGAGAAGUAGAUUGUUUUCAUUUUUGAAACAGCAACUUCGAUGCAGGUUUGGAGCCAGACUCACAAUGCGGCACAUACUCUAUGCUUCAGGUUACAAUUUUCAGCAACUAAGAGAUGUAAAAGACAUAAUUAGCUGAAAAAAUUCUUGUCCUACAAGAGUUAAAUUUGUUCAUAAAUGCUAAUAAAAAUAUAUUGUUACUGAUGGCGCAAGAUGAGACUGUGAUGAAUGCGUCCUCUCAGAUCAGCUGAUUAUAUAAACAAACUGUUCACUCUUUUUUGGGGGGUGUCUUGUUUUUGUGUGUCGACAUUUUUUAUUUUUUAUUAUGGCUAGGGCCCUCAAAAGCUGGAAGUGGCCCAGGUCUCUUUGGACCUCUGAGACGGCCUGGUCCUCUGCCUCCGUCAGUCAGCAAAGUUGUCUUGGCUGGCUUUUGCAAACAGGGUAAUCUUAAUGCUCUUGAACAUUCGGCUCAAUACUUUCUGGAAACACUCAUUACAUUAAACCUUCCAGGCCUAAACUAAUAGACAACUCCAUAUAGCCCUCUGGGGUUUUCCCCACACCUCAGGUUCCCUGACAGACAUAUCGUCAUCCACCCACAUGGAACGUAAUCAAGAUUAACUACACAACGAUUAUGAAGUGUUUCUUCCCCCGAUGGUUACAUUCAGGGAAGAAAUCUCAGCAGGCUAAGUCAUGACUCUAAGCAUUUUAAUGUUUUCUUUAAAGCAAGCUUCUCCCUUCUCCCUUUCAGUGGAAAAUUCCACAGUGCACAUGGUCUGUGAUCUGUUUAGCUAUACCUUUUUAAAAAGCGAGACUAGUAAUUUUGAAUCAGGUCCUAUUACUUUCUCACCAGAUGGCUCAAUUUGGCUUCGUUCAUAGCUCUGCCAUUCUUGCACAACCAACCUGUACUGUUUUCUCCUCCUUGCCAUUAUUUCUGAACUCAGCAGGCUAUAGGAGAGGAUGAGGGUUGGACUUAAAUGCAACCCAACACCAUGGCCUGGAGGGACCGAUAUGCACAAGAACUGUCAAUCCAGCUUGCUGAGGGACAUUGGGACAGGUCUAAGAGGAAAGCAUGAGAGGAAAUCUGAACCUGGAGGAUUCAUAGGGGGCAACUGAAUGACACAGCACACUGCAGCCCCAUGUAAUAAAGCCCCAAUAGAUCCUUAACUUUGUUGCAAAAAGCCUUGGGGAGCAGGUGAUGGAUGUGCAGCAAAGAAGGAAUUAUUAGCCCUUCUGCUGACACCAGUUUUCCCAGCAAAACUAUCCUCCAUCCAGCUGCCUUUACACUACAGGGUUCCAGAUCCAUCGUUGCACUGCACCAGCGAUGGGGGUAAGCAAAACCAGUGGUUGCCUGGAGGGGAGGUUCAGGGGGAAAGUGACUGGAAGAGGAAUGAUUAAACAUUUCCUUCCCUCCUGUCAUUUCCCCAAUACAAAUAACGCCUCCAAAGUAUGCUUUGCAAGGGACAAAAGGAUCCAUUGGGGUUUUGACACACAUGGCGUUGAUUGUGGUGCAUAGUUUAGUCUUAUGAAUCGUUGAAGUUCACAUUUUUUCUCAUGCCCCAACCAUCCUUAACUCGCAGUUGUCAGCUCUUGCUCCCUCUGCCCACCCUCCCUGGCUAACCUGCCACAACAAUUGGGGAUGCUUUUCUUGAAACGCUCUCCCUUCCCUUUGUAGAACCGUCUGUAAGGAAGGAAGAAAAAGGCUACCAUGCUUGCAGUGUUGGUCUGUUUCGCUCCCUAGGCAUCCCUCCUCAAAAAAAAAGAAGAAGUCUAACAUCAAUUUUCCAAAACAUAUGUCUUGUAAAAAGGAUAAAACCCUUCAAAAUAGGAAAUAGAAAUAUUAUCAGAAAUUUAUAAGAUAUCACAUAAAUUAAUCUGUAUAAAACUGUGGCCCUCAAAGGUCCAUACUGCACCCCUCUGAGGUCUGCACCCUAUUUGGCCAAAUGAUAGCAUCAGCCCUAUGCGUUUGUGGACAACAAAAGCAGAAACAGACUUUAAACUUUUGUAAGCUGUGUAGUAGUGAGUGGGGUGUGUGUGUGUGUGGAGGUAGUUGAGGAAUCAUUCAAACUAAUGUGCAGAUAAGCCUUUGUUCUCUCAUUCUGGGCUGUAGUAUUCAUUGUCAUCUGUUCACAGAAGAGGAGCAUGGAAUUAUUGACAUAGGGAGCUGCCUCUUCUAGAAUUAUUUUACACUAGAGGGAGAAGCAAUGCCCUAGCAAAAACUAUCCCUUUUUUGCAUGUUUGAGAAUUAUUUAUCUCAUCGACUACACUGUAGUAAACUGAUGGAAACAGGAAAUAGCUCCAGGAUGACUGAUCAUCCGAUUAACGUACAAAAUACCUUCUGCAGCCAAUGCUUAUACACACAUAGAAGUUUUUUUAUGAACAAAAAUUAUGUAUCUUUAAAAAAAAAAACAUGCUCCCACCCCAACACCACCGCUAUAUUUGGAGAAAUGUAGGAGUGAAGUAAAGUAUGAGCAAUAUAGAAACAAAAAGUCUAUAGUGUUUCAUAUUUAACAUAGAAUAACCUAUAUGCAUCAGUAUGGGUGAAAGGGGGCAGUGCCUCCUGUGUUUUGCAUUGUAUGUGGUUAUUCCCAGAGCUUAUUUCUUCCAGUGGGAGGGGGAUAAGAAAAAGAAAGUAGGAAGGCAAUGCUAGACAAAGUAUGUCUGCCCCAAAAGACGUGGGAUGCCUCUAAGGUGUAACUGAAAAUGCCAUCACAACCCACUUGGAUCAUGGAUUAUUUGUCAGGGGCUCCAACUCAUGACCAGCUUUCUAGUUCUACUGUUUUAAACUGUUGUGAAGAUUCAUGCACACAAUAGGCACAAACACAGGCAAGCCUCUUCUUAUUAACCCACGGCACGCAGAAUUACAUUCACUGAAUUGAAACUCCUUGCCAGGAUGUAACCUGCCAAAAACAAGGUAGCCUUGGCUUUUCCCAUCUGUUGUUCUUCUGGUCCUGUUUCCCUUCCACCUGUUGUUGUAAAGAGCAGGACUUCAGAUAACCCAAGUCGGUAGUCAAUUAGUGCCCCAUUUGUUAUUCGCUAUCUCUGGGACGGACAACACAACGCAAGAUUAUCCGUACUUUGUGUUUUGUUUUGCUUAUUAUUACAUUUAUAUGCCGCAUUUUCUCCAAGGAUAUCAAGGUGGUGCACAUGGUUUUUCCUCUGUUCAUUUGAUUCUCAAGGUUAGCCUAAGAGACUGUGACCGGCUCAAGGUCACCCAGUCUGGUCCAAGGUCACCCAAUUCAUGGCCGAGUGGUGACUUGAACCUCAGUCUCCCAGGUCAUAGCUGGACACUCAACCACACCACAUUGAUAUACUUUGUUAUCUGCAUAUGAUAUGAAGUAGUACUAAGACACUUCUGAGAAAGAAUAUGACCAUAAGGAAAGCAUCUUCUUGUGGACUACAAUUCCCAUCAUCCUUGACUAUUGGGGCUGCUGGGAAUUGUAGUCCAUAAUAUCUGAAGGGCACCAGGUUGUCUACCCCUGGUGUAAUGUUUUGCCACCAGACCACAAUUGCUGUGGGAAUGAGAGGCUGGUUCCUCUGCACAACACUAUUUCAAUUUUUGGUUUGGCUGACAGAGAGGAAAAAGAAAUCUGUUUCAUAUUUCAUCACACAAUAUAUUCUGUUUAUUCUUCACUUGAUAAUAAAGAAAACCCGUGCUUUUAAUGUGGAUUGAUUUAAACAAGGGAAUUCUGAAAGUUUCCAAAUCCUCAAACAACCCUUCCUGAAUACUUAACUGAUCCCAUAUUUUGCCAACGAAGAGAGGAAAUUGCAUUAAAAAGCCUACAGAAUAUAGCCAUAGAAGAGACUAUGGUUUUAGCUCUCUAAUAGUCUCUAAAACCUGCUACCUCUUCCAACUUCGGUAUGUCUUCACAGAAAAUAAAAACAGUAGUCAUGAAGGAAGAUGAUUUAAGUUUCAUGUUCAAACGUAGUGGGUUGUAUUCAACUAAAUUUUACUUGGAGCUGAGUUAAUUAACUUGCUUUUUUAAAUAAAAAUUCCUCAUGUUCAGUUAAAGUAUAUAUAUAUAUAUAUAUAUAUAUAUAUAUAUAUAUAUAUAUAUAUAUAUCUUAGGUUCAUUCCAAAGGGAAAUGGGAUUAGGUUUUCAGCCAAAAAUCCAUAUUUUUCCUAAAAGAUUUUUUCUUGUUUUCUGAAAUAACUUAUUGAAUAUUAGGCCGACUUUACUUGCACAGCAGCAUUUCAGUUUUGUUUGUUUUUUAACCAUUCCAAAGUUGUUGGGGUUCUGAACCUUUGCUGCUAAAAAUACAUUGGGAUAACAUUUUCUACAUAAGUCAAUAUUUCAGUAUUCACCUACUCCCAACACUGUCCACACAACACAUUUAAACCAGUUUCAGAUCCAUUUGCUGGUCAAAGCUCCCAACAGUGAAUUCUGGAGACUAUAGUUCAGUGAGGGGAUGAUCUCAAAACAAUUUUUUUUUUUUAGAAUUGUAGAGUUGGAAGGGACCAUGUCUUGCCACUCACGUAAAACUGCAGUUUUGAGAAUUCUUGGGUGAAGCCAUAACAGUUAAAAAACAAAGAUUGGCAGCCCAACCUUAUGGAUGUUUCCUGUGUGUCAAAUUCAGAUAGCGACUGCCCAGAAACUGUAGACCUCCCUUAAAGAUUUGUCAAAGCCUAAUUCUGAGUGUUUUCUGCAAGCACCUUUGGGCUUGUUUAGGGACACAUAAACACAGAGACGUAUUUGCGUUAUAGUACCUCAGUUUGCACCCUUAAUUUCAACUCAAGCAUAGUUAAAAAAAUAAAAAAGUUAAAAGGUAGUGGUUUGUUUUUUUCUGUGCCUUAUUUUGUGUGCAUCCAGCAUGAGCUUUCCUUUUUCUCUACCUAUUCCUGUUCUCCCAAGACCAUAUUUUGCUUAGCUGCUGGAUUCUGUGUCUGCAAGAACUCCCAUUGGCUACAGAUGUGUUUGUCUAUAUGUAAUUGGAGCACCAAAGACUUUUUAAUGACUUGCAUUGGUACAGCUUUGCUAGGUCAGCUGAAUUUUUUGCUCACUCCCUGUAGACUUCUGCUUCUCUUGCUGAGCUGUGGGAGUCCAUAUUCUGGUAAGGAUGUUUAAAUAAAAACCAAACUCUGCUGAUUAUUGCAAGAUACAGAGGCCUGGAUAAAACCCACUAAAACAAGGAAACUGACUCCAGUAUUCUUUUCAACUGUAAGCAUUUUUAAAUCACAUUGACCGAUUGAGUUAAAAAUAUUCCCCAAAGCUGCCUUAACAGGGGCAAUGUCAUAUUUAUCUAUGUGGCAGACAAUAACUUCAGUCCAAUUGGUUGGUGUCUUAUAGUACUUCUUAGGAUAAGCCAAGGGUACUUUCAGAUGACACAGAUUUAGGAUUGUCACCUUUUCUGCUGGGUAGGUGCCUGCGUUGUUUUUUGCUUUUUUGUUUUUUAAAAAACAAUAGUUCAAUACAGUCGUACCUUGGUUUUCGAACAGCUUAGUUCUCAAAUGUUUUGGCUCCCGAACUCAGCAAACUCGGAAGCCAGUAUUUUGGUUUGCGAACUAUUUUUGGAAGCCGAACAUCCAACGGGGCUUCUGUGGCUUCCGAUUGGCUGCAGGAGCUUCCUGCAGCCAAUCAGAAGCCGUGCUUUGGUUUUGGAACGUUUUGUAAGUCAAAUGGAUUCUGUUCGACUUCCGAGGUACGACUGUAUACAGAAAUUAAGUUUUCUAACACUUAUGUAUGUCCAUGAUAGAAAAACAUACCGCUAAACUGCCAUGUUUUAAGAGGGACACCCAAUCAUUAGCCAAUCCUGACUUCUGACUGGAUCCUGGAAUGUCCCAUUUUUUGGUUUGGCACUGUGCUAUGAAUCAGUUGGGUCAAGCCAGAACACCAGAAUGAAAGCCGGAAAACAGCAACUUUGGUUUGUACAUUUUCACACAGGCGCAAGAGCUCAGGGCCAAAAAAGGAGCAUCCCGAUUUUGGUCCUCAGGAAGUUGGAGGGGAUAAAAAAAAAAGUUCACUUGGACAAGUUGUUCCUUAUUGCUUUAUGUCACCAUGGCAGGGAGGGGCAUUAAAAAGUGACAGCCCUACAUUGAUUUCCUCCGUUAGUCAACCCUAUGAUGGAGGCCAAACCUUGUCCCACUUUGAAUUUCUAGACAGGCAAGAAAAACAGGAGCUCUGCCAAGUCCCAUUUGUUGGCUUUCAGGAUCACUGGCCUGCAGAACUGCCUGUUUUGAAGCACCUGAAAUGACAGGGUUUUGCCGCGAGUCUUUGUGAGGUAGGACUCGGCAGGGAGAGUGUGGUGCUGUGAGGGGUUUGUGGGUCGAAAAGCAUUCACAACAUAUCAAUAGCAAAAGCCAACAGCAACUGAAGCUUCUAAUGCAUAACUAGUGGGUGUGGUUGCACAUCCUGCGAAUGAAUUGGGACUGAGAGUCCCAAAGUGUCUUAUUGGCUCCUGAUACUUCUGGAAGUGGAAGAGCUGUAGCUAAUGGAUUUGGCCAUUGAUUCCUGAGGAUUGCAGUAACACGAAAAAUGUGCAGAGCUAGUUUGUUGAUGUCUCACAGCCCACAGACAAUGCCUUUUAGCAAACCCAACGCAGUGAUCCUGGGGAACAUUAUAAAAUAUCUGAUGCAUUAAUUAAAGUAUUAAGAGACCAUUUAAUAAACCAGAUGAGGCACCAGGAAGUCAUUUUGUUCAAGUACCACUGAAUAAGGAAACCUGCUGUCAUAUCCAAACAGGUGGCCACUCAAUAUGUUUCCCUUUAAGAAGGCUUUCCCUGAAGUGUGACUCAGUCGUUUACGGAAUAUUUAUUAAUUUUGGAAAUGGUUUCAUUGUUUUAGAGUCUUUAUCUUUCAUCUUGUUUUUAGCUCUCAUAUCUUUAUUUCAAUUCCCUUUUAUCUUAGUGUACAGUGCUUCAAUAGUUUCUGAUUAUGAUGCAGUUUAUUAAUCUGUAAGCUAAAAUAAACAAAAUAAUAGUGCAUGUGGUCUCAACCUUAUGUAUGAUAGUAGAGGAACUUCUCAGCAAUGGCACCCUUGCUGUGGAACGCCCUCCCAUCAGAUGUCAGGGAGAAUUACACAACGUUUAGGAAACAUCUGAAGGCAGCCCUGUUCAGGGAAGUUUUUAAUGUCUGACAUUUUAUUAUUGUUGAUAUUUUGCUGUAAGCUGCCCAGAGUGGCUGGGGAAACCCAGCCAGAUGGGCGGGGUAUAAACAAUAAAAUUAUUAUUAUUAUGCUUACUUAGAAUUAAACCCACUAAUGGAUAUGUUGCUAAGUAUGCCGUAAUAUACUAAGAAUAUACAUACCUAAUAAUAUGGGGAAUCUAAUCCUAAACAUGUUUAUUUACUCAGACCCCCCCCCCAUUUAUUUCAUGCGACAUAUUCCCUGGUAAAUGUGCUUAAGACUGAAGUCUAGUCGCAAUCCUAGGUACACCUACUUGGGGGUAAACCCCUUUGAAGUCAGUGGGAUCUCUUAGUUAAUAAUAUUGUUGCAUUCUCCAAAUUGUUCAAGUUUCUAGUGGUUCCAGGUGCACUCACCCAGGGUUUGUGUUUCCUUUUGGAAAAUAAGGCACAGCAGAGGCUGUGGUGUCUUUAUGAUAUAUGGUUGAUUUACACAUAUAUACAACCUGAGCCUGCUAGGGAGAGUUUCUCAGCAUUAUACUCUUUCUCCCUCCAUAGGCACAGUCUUGAAUCCAAACGGACAUCAGCCAUUGCUAUCCCCCUGCUCUCUGCUUUUUCCAUCACAUAACUCCUCCCCAACUUCUCUAACCUUUGCCUUUACCUGCAGAGUGACAGGAUCCACACCCCCCUGCCAUCUCACUCAGAGUUCCCUUUGAUGCUUUGUGUUCCUCUUAAUGGCCCAUCCCCAGGUUAUCAUCUCAUACAGGAGGCCAGCUGGGCUUAAUUAGCCUUUAACACGUGCUAAUUCCAGAGGAUUUAGAAAUGUCUAGUACACAGCCUAAUGCACAGGUGUGGCUAUAACCUCACACAGAAGACUAACCUAGCUUAAUUAGCUUUCGGCAAUUGCUGAUUACAGGAUUUAGAAGUGUCUUAACACACAGCUUAACACACACAGGCCUGGCUUAACACACACUGGUUUGCCAUUGAUUAAAUUCUAACACCUAUUAGACCCAGGAGUUUAGGGUGUCUCGCACCCAGAAAAUCAAAACAAUAUACAGUCGUACCUUGGUUUUCAAAAACUUACCGUAGUUCUCGAACAUUUUGGCUCCCGAACACUGCAAGCCCGGAAGUGAAUAUUCCGAUUUACAAACUAUUUUUGGAAGCCAAACAUCUGACGGGGCUUCUGCGGCUUCCGAGCUUCCUGCAGCCAAUCAGAAGCCACGCUUUGGUUUCCGAACGUUUUGGAAGUCAAACGGACUUCCAGAACAGAUUCUGUUUGACUUUCAAGGUACAACUGUACUUAGGAUGGAGGUGCAUGUUGAAAGUGAUGUUAACUAUGCUGUUAAUGAUGCAAAGCUGAUUUUGGGGGGGAAGUGUUUAGAUCUUGAAACAGAGGCAUUUAAAUUGUUAAGUGUGUUUGUCGUCACUCAGUGUGCAUGAACCUUGAUCCAGUUCUGGAGUUCUUCCCAUGGGUGUGUGUAUGGGAGCAGUGUACCUGGAACAGGAUUGUGGUAUCUGUCCCAGAGUAUGGAGGAGGCUAUUUUUGAGAAAACAAAAAUAUCAAAAUAUCAAAACAGAAAAUUAUCAGGGGAUUUGAAGGUAUCAAAUCCAUUGCAAUUAAUGACCCCCCCACCCCACCCUGAAGCAGCAACGCCGAGACAGAAACUCUGGAUCCUAACUAUUUUGCAGCUUGCUCACUGAAUUGAGUCUACACGAUAAGUAUUGUAUAUGGUUUAAGAUGCAUCUUCUCUUUCCAAAACACUAUUCCUGUGAAGGUAAGAAUUAUUUCAAGGCUUGUUGAAAGAGGAAAGAAAGAAAUCUUUUAAGCUGAGAUCUUUCCCAGUCUACAUCAGUAUUGGAAUUGUUUAAAGAUAUUUUAUCACUUGUUUUACUUUGGGUGGAAAGGCAGGAUAUAAAUUUAAUACAUAAAUAAAUUCUCAGUAUCCCUACCCAAAUACAAUUCCAAUGAUCCUUUGAAGGAAGCUAUGGCCAUUAGGUUGAUAUAAAUGAAAGGCAAUAUGACUUUGUCAUGUUGCUAUAACUCUUUUGUCAUAACGGUUAUCUGGGGCAUUGUAGCAGGCAGAAUUCUGUAGAUACCAGCAAUUCCAAAUUAUGCCAAUGGGAUGCGUAAUGUUAGGGAAUCUGGUUUGUGUUUUAUGUGCUCACCGGAGGCUGGAGGAGUUCCAGUCCAGGUUUUUACGCGAAGUUUGAGAACUUUAGAGAGUAGACCUGGGAGCAAUUGCAAGGACUGGUUUCUGGUGUGAUAGAUUUGGUUCUCAUUGAAGUUGUUUUAGUUACCAGCUUUUGUGUAAAAAGGGGACUGUUUCUUGGUUUGUCUGUCUCUGAGAUAGGACAGGAAGCUGAACUAAUCUUUUCCAAUACAGGUUUCUUUGAGGACCAUAGGAAAUUGCCUUAUAAUGAGUCAGACCAUUGGUCCAUCUUGCUUUGUAUUGUCCAUGCCCAUUGUAUUGAUGGGCAUGAUUUCUUCCCUGCCCUGCUUGGAGAUACCAGGGAUGGAACCUGGGACUUUCUGCAUGCAAGGCAGAAACUCUCUCAUUGAGCUAUGGUCCCUCUUUUACUGGAGAGGGCAUUAGAGCCAAAUGUGUUCAUUUUCUUUUUAUUUACAAGCAGAGAGUGAACUGGGAUGGUAGAGCAGUGAAGGAGGACACUGCUUCUCUAUUCCUUUAGGAGCUGUUGAAGACGAGGACCUUUUGAAAAGAGCUUCUCCUCAUGAGCAGGUGAGGAAAAGCUGUGCCUGCUGAAAUGCCUUUGUCACAGCUUUCAAAAUCCAGCAGCCCAGUCUCCCCACCCCUCUCUCCUUUCGCAUCUUGUCACCCACAAGGGAGCAGGAAGACACAAUUGGCCUCAGGCUGAGUCACUGCAUUGGUAUCCAUCAAGCCCAGAGUUCCUUUGCCUCCUCCAGGCCAGCCUUGACAUCCCACACUCAUUCCAGUUUCCUGGAAUCUGACAAGAUGUGGAAGCAGCAUGGCUCAGCCGUUAGAAGGCAAGUGGCCACAAAAAAAAGAAAGUGUUUGUGGAUGGAGGAAGAGUUCCCUGUGGAGAAGACGUAGGGAGGUGUUGAAUCCUUCCCUCCUCCAUGCUCUCUGCAGUGGAGGCUGGUCUCUUAGGGUGAGAGAGGCACUCAGUCUACCCUCACCUACCUGCCUGCCUUCUUACAACCAGCCCAGGCAGUGGCCCUGCCUGACAGUCAUUGUUGUCUUUGUAGAACUCAGCUGGCAGCAGCAUGGGGACUGAGCAAGAAAUAGCUAAUUUGGCUUGUCAUUGGCUCUGGUUCCACUUACACUUGGCUUCCCUGCUUUCUUCUCUUCCAGUUCCAAAAAAGUUCCAGUCACCACCAGCUUUGUCCCUGAAUUCACCUCUCUUCGCCCCAACUUUGACAGACACUGUUCUCCAGGCCUGCUUAUUUCUGGUCUUGGAACCCAAACAAGGAGAAAAGCAGCUAUGGAGGAAGGGUUUUGGGGUUGUUUUUUUGAGGAGGAGGAGCACAGGCACAUUACUGGCGUAGACUCCCUUUCUUAGCAAGGCAUAAGAGUUCUUGUUGGAUCAGGCCAAAGGCUUAUCUAAACCCAGCUUACUAUUUCUCACAGUGACCACCAGAUGCUACACCAGAUGUCUGUUUGGAAAGCCAUGUUCUAAAAUAAAGUUCUUACCAUGGAAUUAGACCCUCAAUGCAUUUUAUUUCCAGAAUUUCUUGGGCAUUCCAUGUCAUUGGCCAGGUUUGGAAAGCUCUUUUAUCUUUAGCGUUAUUAUCAUGUCAUUCAUAGCUGGACCUUAUUCUGAAAACAACAAAAACCCAAACUUAAGAUGUGCUUCCAUAUCCUUCAUGGAUGGUAGAGCUGAUCCUUUUCCAAGAGCCUGCAGUUUUGCUUAAUGAUUAUUGCCGUAUAUUAUUAUUAGUUAUUAAAUGUAUAUACUGCCCUUCAUCAAAAGAUCCCAGGGCGGGUCACAAAAUAAAAUACAAGAUGAAACGCAAGUAAAUAAUUAAACCAAAACAACAAAACAAUAACCCCCAUCCCUUUCCCACAGAUACAUUUAAAAGGCUGUAGGAUAUUAACCACCCAAAAGCCUGGCUGAAGAACGUUUUCACCUGGCGCCUAAAAAUAUAUAAUGAAGGCAUUAGGCAAACCUCCCUGGGGAGAGCAUUCCACAAACAGGGAACCACUACAGAAAAAGCCUGUUCUCAUGUUCUCUCCGGACCUCAGGUGGAGACGGCACAUGAAGAAUUUGCGUCACCUUGACUCUAAGUGUGUGUUGCAGAAUUUAGAGCAGCAACUGAAACAGAGGCCAUGUCUGCAACUUAUCUUUAAAGCACUGUGAUACCACUUUAAACAGGCAUGGCUUCCCUAAAGGAACCUGGGAGCUGCAGUUUGUUUAGGGUGCUGGGAGUUGUUCGGAGACCCUUUAUCUCCCUCACAGAGCUAACGUUCUCAGAGUGGUUUAACAAUCAAUCCUUCUGGAAAUCUUAGCUCUGUGCAGGGAAAUAAGGGCCUCCUAACACCUCCCAGCACCCUUAACAAACUACAGCUCCUAUACAACUUCCUGAUCAUCCCUUCUGGAGAAAAUUAGCAGAUACAGUGGUACCUCUGGUUACGUACUUAUUUCGUUCUGGAGGUCCGUUCUUAACCUGAAACUGUUCUUAACCUGAAGCACCACUUCAGCUAAUGGGGCCUCCUGCUGCCGCCGUGCCGCUGAAGCACGAUUUCUGUUCUCAUCCUGAAGCAAAGUUCUUAACCCGAGGUACUAUUUCUGGGUUAGCGGAGUCUGUAAUCUGAAGCGUAUGUAACCUGAAGCAUAUGUAACCUGAGGUACCACUGUACAAAGGGCAAAAUAGGGAACAUCAACAGUUUCAGCUUUUCUCACCUCUGCCUGAUAUUCUCCUUCUCCCAAGACCCUCUGCCUUUUCCUGUUCACCUAGGAACUCUCUCCUGUGUUGCAUCUGGUUACCCUAUUGAUCAAGUUCACUUCUAACUUCGGAUGCUUUUUGGCUUUAGGACAGUGUAUUCCCUGCAGAAAUGCUCUCGUAACUGCCAAACUGAGGUUUUCUAGGGUGCAAAUGGGCUUUUGAGGAGCCCAGAUGUGUGUCUGGCUCCUGCAAAAGUGAGUUAUGGGGAAAUGUAUGUGGUAUGAUGCAGUUGGGACGCGGGUGGCGCUGUGGGUAAAACCUCAGCGCCUAGGACUUGCCGAUUGCAUGGUGGCGGUUCGAAUCCCCGCGGCGGGGUGCGCUCCCGUCGUGCGGUCCCAGCGCCUGCCAACCUAGCAGUUUGAAAGCACCUUCGGGUGCAAGUAGAUAAAUAGGGACCGCUUACCAGCGGGAAGGUAAACGGCGUUUCCGUGUGCUGCGCUGGCUCGCCAGAUGCAGCUUGUCACGCUGGCCACGUGACCCAGAAGUGUCUGCGGACAGCACUGGCUCCCGGCCUUUAGAGUGAGAUGAGCGCACAACCCUAGAGUCUGUCAAGACUGGCCCGUACGGGCAGGGGUACCUUUACCUUUACCUAUGAUGCAGUUAAUGCAAUUAAGUAGCAACUCACAUUUGCCCAUGUUUUCUGUACUUUUAAGUCAGCAGGCUACAGCUGAGCAACUGGUAUGUUAUUGCAAUCCAGACAUCAUAAGAAAUCCACAGGUAUAAGCCCAUAGACUAAUGCAAGCAUGCACAAUAUAAUAUCCACGUUGCACUUCUGGCUUCUGUUACACUCGGAUCAACAAAAUUAACUGAGAGGAAAAUGCAUAUAGGACAGUAAUGGUCUAAAGCUGUUUUGCGCCAGAACAUGAACUCCAGUGGUUGUUUUGUUGAUGAAACAUCUGUAGGAGGUUCUGGACAAGACAUGACCUCAAAUCACAUCACUGGUUUUCCUGUUAUUUUUGGCUUAGGACUAACAUUAUUACAGUGGGGGUUUUUAUUGUAAAAGAGCUUACAGUGCAAGCCUAUGCACACCUACUCAAAAGUAAGUCUCAUUGAGUCCGAUGAGGCUUACUCUGUUGUGUAUAGGAUUGCAGUCCUAGGCUUCAAUACACACCAUACAUUUCAAGCACUUUGAAAACAUGCAACCUCCCCACAAAGAAUCCUGUAGGUUAUUAAGGGUGCUGGGAAUUGUAGCUGUGCAAGUGGUGAACUAUAGUUUCCACAUUUCUUUGAUGAAAGCUGUGUGUGCCUAGUUCAGCUUCUUCUAAAUUUAAACUAGCAAGCCGCAAACAGGUGACACUUCACCCUAUAAGCAGCACUCCAUGACUUUGGAAGUCCUUUUCAAAGUGAAUAUCCAACUAGCAGCAUAUUUAGAACCACUUCCUGGCGCAAUCUGCUAUUCAAAUAUAUUUAGACUGAUAAGGAGCUGGAAGAGAGGCAAGCCUUUUUUUUUUGCUCUUUCUUUAUUUGAUACCAGCUUCUUUCUACCUCCAGAGAAGGAAUGAAAAGAAUCCAUUUUCAGUUGAUGCAAGGAAGUGACAUCCUUCACUUUUUGCCUCUAGUUGCUACAAUAGGAAGUUCAGCUUUACAAACAAUGUUAUAGCAGUGCCAAGAAAUUGAAAACUGGCAUUGUGGAUGUCUUUGGCAUAUUAAGCGAAAGGGGGAAACCCAACUUUCCAGCUAUUUUGGACGAAGACAGACAUAGCAAUUUUAGAGAACUGUGACAGAUCUGGAAGUGAUCCAAACAUACCUACUCCUUUCCACGGCUAUGUUCUUGGAAGACGGAGUUGGGUGGGAUGGUUCUUCAACUGUUAAGUAGAACUGCAUUGACUGGUUUUCCAGUUUUUCUUUAAAAAGAAGAAGAAGGCAUUUGCAAAUUCACAGGGGUGACUUCCAGGUGAACUGUUUCUUGAGCAUUCAUCUUGAUUCGUUUGAAUAAGUUUGUGGGAAGAUCACACAGCAUCGACUAUUUAUUGAACAUUCAUUCUCAUUUGUUUUCUGGGAUGUGUGCAAAGCAGCAAGGGUUAUCCUCCCUUGUGAAUGCAUUUCACUGUCACUUUCCUUACUGCAAAUAGUUGCACGGAGGAGAGAGCUUUGUGGUACUAGAACACAAAUCAGCACAUCAUCAUUAGCAGCAGCAGCAGCAGUUUAUUUUAAUAUGUUACCUGUCUUUCACCCUAAGGUCCCAGGGCAGCUUUCAACAAUUUAAAAUACAACAUUAAAAUAAACCUACAAUUACAAAAAAAGAAAAACCAGUCACAAAAACUAGGGUGGGUCAACUGCAUAAUCAAAAUGUGCUGGUAUGUGACUGAAUCCCACAUGAAACAGUGACAGGCUGGAAGUGUCCAUAGAGACAGAAGCUAUUAUGGGACACUUGAUUAUUAAUUUUUUAAUUAGAGUCGUACCUUGGAUCUCGAAUGGCUUAGUUGCCGAACAUUUUGGCUCCUGAACAAUUGAAACCCGGAAGUGAGUGUUCCGGUUUUUGAACUUUUUUUGGAAGCCGAACAUCCGACACGGCUUCCACGGCUUCUGAUUGGCUGCAGGAGCUGCGCUUGGGUUUUUGAACGUUUUGGAAGUUGAGCGGACUUCUGGAACGGAUUCCGUUCAACUUCCAAGGUACGACUGUAUCUCUCAGACUUAAAAAAAUUCCUGUUAUAAAAACAUGUUGUAGCAAGGAUCAGACUCGUAUCUUCCCCUUCCUUCCCUCCUUGAGACACCAGGUGGGGAAGUUCCUGAAGCUUCUGUCUGAGGUUCCCAUUGCAAUUUAAAAGUGUUCGAGAAAUAGUUAGCAACUAAUAUCAAACUGGUUUCAAAUUCUGGUUUGUGAACUCACUUUGACUGGAAACGGUGGAACAAAUGAUCAUUUACCAUCAUGUUGUUCCAAAUUGCAGGGAGAAGCUUUAAAUUUCAUUCUCUCACAUGCAAAGGAAGGAAAGGGGAGAGGAGCCCAAGACAUUUCUGCACUGUGUUCUCAUAACAGGGAAGCAUGAUUUCCCAUUUGAACCAGGCCAGGACCUUGCCUAAAGUGAUCUGGUGUAGCCUUUGCCAACCCGGUGCCUUCCAGAUGUAUUGUACUGGCCCUGCUGGGAGUUGUAAUCCACAUCAUCUGGAGGACACCUGGUUGGCAAAGGCUCAUCUAGAGAACAUUGAUGAUCAUGUAAACCUACACUGAGUCAUCAAGCCUGAUACAUACGAAUAAGGAUGUCAGGAGCCAAAAAUUGUACCAGUCCCACAGGAGUCAAUCGGGGAAGAGACAAGGAGGCUGUUAUCCUCCCAGCCCAUGCUAUUUUUCUAGAAAAAGAGGUGCCAAAACUCACCAUGAACACGUUCCUUCCUUUCUUAUAAUGGCAAUAGCAUCCACCUGAGACGUGCUGGAACUGAGUUCCAGCUGAAAAAAAGCCCUGCCCCAUAUAAACCAUAAUCAUUAGGUUCCAAGCUUUCUUUCUUUUUUAAAAAAAGAGUAAGUUUCUAGAAUUUGUAGAACCUGAGAUAUGAGGUACAGUCGUACCUCGGGUUACAGACACUUCAGGUUGCACGUUUUCGGGUUGCGCACCGUGCCGAACCCGGAAGUAUCAGAACGGGUUACUUCCGGGUUUUGGCACUCGUGCAUGCGCAGUAGCACUAAAUCACGACCCAUGCGUGCGCAGACGCAGCGAUGUGGGUUGUGAACGUGCUUCCUGCACGGAUCACGUUCGCAACCCAAGCGUCCACUGUAUAAUGUACAGACCUCCUUUCAGUGCUCUGCUUCACCCCACCCUGGGAAUAUUCCAGCAGAUGCCCAUAACAGCAGAUGCGUCUGAGGUUAGAAAGCCAUCUCCAUUGCUAGCCUCACUCAGGUUUUUGCUCUAUCUCUCUGCUCCUUACUCUCCAUAUUAUUAGUAUCUGUAGAUACUAAGUGCUUGUAGCUCAUGGGUGGCAGACCCUGCCCCUUAUUCAUCUGAGCACUCAGAUGGAGCCCCUGAGCACACAGCUGUGCAAGUAAAGGGCUCCUUCUGCAUUCUUCAGAACUCUGCUUGUCUGUAGGAGGAAGAUUUUCAGAGAUACCACCAGGAUGUGUGUUGAUAGUUGGAUCCUGUCCCUGGAAGGAGAUACCAUUGCACCAUUAGCGAGGGCUAAGGGUUCCCUAAACUGCUUAUACAUAUUGUGCUUGACAUUAUUUCAGUGUGAUGGGGGUGGAAAUCAUGUUUAUUGCACGAUUGAGAUAAUCUGUUUAUCAUCAAAUGUGAGAUUUCUAACAUGGCGAUUGCCUUGAUGGGACCUAGGUUUCUGUAGAUUUCUAAACACAUCAUCCGUGUUUCUCAUCCACUGUUUUCUCACCCAUUUUAUUAUGAGAGCAAGGCAAGCAAAACUCAUGCUGUAUAAUUUCCCCCUUUUUAUUUGCUUGGCAACUGUCUAUAAACAGAUAGUAAAAAUUACCAGAAUCAUUCCAUGAGUGUUUAUGAUUCGGGAAUAAAAGAAAACGAAGGAAGAUUGAGGAAGAUUUGGGCCUAGUUUAGCGAGGCAGCAGUAGGCAGAAACUCAGCAGCUGCUGUAGCUUUGUUGCCGGGGAGAAAGAACUGUAGAUCCAUAACUGUGCCAAUGCUAUGAAUUGGACUAUUGGUCACCUUUUUAUUCACUACUCCAAUUUGAUUGAUUGAUUGUAUUUUUAUGCCACUCUUCAGUCAAGUGAAUCUCAAAGCGGCUUACAAACAACCAAUAAUAACAUAAUGCAGUGGUACCUUGGUUCUCAAACGCCUUGGUUCCUAAACGCCAAAAACUCAGAAGUAAGUGUUCUGGUUUUUGAAUGUUUUUCAGAAGCCAAACGUCCGAUGUAGCUGUCAGCUAUUGUUUCUGGGGCGCCUGCACCAAUCAGAAGCUGUGCCUUGGUUUCGAACAUUUCGGAAGUCAAACGGACUUCUGGAACAGAUUAAGUUUGGCGCUUUUGUAUUUGCUAUUUAUUUUGUGUUUUUGUUUUUGAGGCUUUUUCAGUUAAUUUGUUUUUGUGACUGUGUGGAACCCAGUUCAUCUACUGAUUGAUUGAUUGUGUGACUGCGGAAAUGGAUAAAAGCCCCCCCAUCCAAACAAUGACUAUCAUCAGUGCAGGUAAGGAAAAAAUAUUAAUUUUAAUUUUUAUCAUCUCCAAUACUGUCUUAUUUAUUUUAUAGUUCAGUAGAUUGAUUAUUGCUUUCAUUUUGUGGAUCAAUGGUCUUGUUAGAUAGUAAAAUUCAUGUUAAAUUGCUGUUUUAGGGGUUGUUUUUAAAAGUCUGGAACGGAUUAAUCCGUUUUGCAUUAAUUCCUAUGGGAAAACACACCUUGGUUUUGGAACGCUUUGGUUUUGGAACAGACUUCCGGAACACAUUAAGUUUGAGAACCAAGGUACUACUGUAAAACAUAAUAACAUUAACAAAAUGCAACUUAAAAAAAAUAAGCAUAUUUAAGUUUACAUACACACACUCCAUGUCCCUAAGACGCACAAUCUUUCACAAUGCCCUUGUUAAGCUAGCUCAGCCAAAUCCUGAGCAAAGGCUGGGGUCCUCAGGUUGUAGGAUGUGUUAGAGACGGGGGGGUACCUUACAAGGGGCUUGAUCUAGUAAGGAGUUCAAAGAAAACAUUCCCAGCAGCAAGUGUAGUGGUUAAAGUACAGUGGUACCUCGGGUUAAGAACUUAAUUCGUUCUGGAGGUCUGUUCUUAACCUGAAACUGUUCUUAACCUGAAGCACUACUUUAGCUAAUGGGGCCUCCCACUGCUGCCGCGCCACCAGAGCCCGAUUUCUGUUCUCAUCCUGAAGCAAAGUUCUUAACCUGAGGUACUAUUUCUGGGUUAGCGGAAUCUGUAACCCGAAGCAUCUGUAACCCGAGGUACCACUGUAGUGCAGUUGUUCUCCCUACUAUGGAAAUGCAAGUUAGUUCUCCUGUGGAAAUGCUCAUUCAGUCCUAAACGAAUGGGUCAUAUGAAAAUCAUGUCAUUUAAAUGUAAACACUUCCUAAUGACCCAACGAGCUGCAUGCACGCAAAGGGAGAUUUGAGUUUUUGUCAGUCAGAGCUCUGUACAGUGACCUGCUCCCAACCUGCACGAAACACGUGGAGAUUAUUUCAAAGCAAAGGUGAUUUAAAAGGCAGAUCUGAUAUGAAAGAGCCCGUGCUGCAUUCAUUGACAAACAGCCUGCAGGUAGAGAAACUUGCAUGUAGCUUCUUUGUGCGUGGAGGAGAAUAACUUAGUUGAGUGCGUUUACUGUAUUUUGCCAUUAUGGCAUUGCCUUUUCCUCCCCUCUUGAGGCUGUGACUCAGCAGCUUUGUAUAUUUAUCUUGCUUUCUCAGUGUUGCUUCCUCUGUUUUCUGUUUCCCGCUCCCUUUCUUCUUACUGGAAAUGAGCAGGUAGCUGAAGCUAAUUCAAGUGUCCAGGGAGUCUUGCACGCAGGAUUAGAUUUCCAGGACUGUCCCGUUUCAGUUUGCAUGUAUGAAGUUUAUAUCAAUGAAUUUUUGAAUUCUCAAUUCAAUUUCAAAACAAAACUUCCCUGCAUCUUGCAUAUCAAGGAAAAAGAUUUGAGCUUUUGGUCCUCUCUCUGAUGCGCUAGUUGUCUAUAUGCAGAGUUCUGAUGUCAGAGACCACCCGAACACCCAUUCCCUGAUUUGCAAAGUAUGUGGUACAAUCCUCUAAGAACUAAAGAUUUAUGUCACUAUCCCUUUCGUCCACACUUACCUCUUGCUUUCUAGGCACAAGCCCACAUUAUUCUUGCCCAUAUCUGAUCAGUUUUUCUUUUUCUGGUGCCCCACUACUUUCCCCAGGAAAACCCACUCUUUAAUGCUGAAUUGAAACAAAUGACAAAUUGGGUUGUCUGUUGGUUGCCAAGAGCGUUAAAGAGUGCAUUUUCGCAGGGAAGGCUUCAUGGCAAAUACUAAUGAAUUAAUUAAAAAGCCCUUAGAGGUGCCAGAACUCACCAUGAAUGCCUCCCUGGUUCUCUUAUAAUGGCAAUGGCACCCACCUGAGAGGUGCCGGAACUGAGUUCCAGCUGGGGGGGAAAGCCCUGGAGGAUGCUAUUGUUAGUAUUUGCACCAUAACACAUUUCAUAUGUAUUUCAAGACCUUGGACAAAAAAUAUGCCAGACUCCAGUUUGUUUCAUCUGAGACGUGGCAUUGGCAGGAGUGCUGCAGGAAACUUUUGAGGAGUGGGAUCAGUACACUCCUUGCUCGCAUUAGACCAUAUUAUUUUUUGUGCACUAUGGUCUAAUGCAGGGGUAGGCAACCUAAGGCCCGGGGGCCAAAUCCGGCCCAAUCACCUUCUAAAUCCAGCCCACGGAUGGUCCGGAAAUCAGCAUGUUUUUACAUGAGUAGAAUGUGUCCUUUUCUUUAAAAUGCAUUUCUUGGUUAUUUGUGGGACCUGCCUCGUGUUUUUACAUAUGUAGAAUGUGUGCUUUUAUUUAAAAUGCAUCUCUGGGUUAUUUGUGGGGCAUAGGAAUGCGUUCAUCCCCCCCCCCAAAAAAUAUAGUCCGGACCACCACACAGUCUGAGGGACGGUGGACUGGCCCACGGCUGAAAAAGAUUGCUGACCCCUGGUCUAAUGUGGCAUGUUAGCUAGGCCACUUUUAAAAAAAUAAAAACCUUUUUUCCUUUAUAUAAAUUGGACGAAACAUAAAUUCAUCAAAAUUUGCAGCACAUAUAAAAGACAACACGAGGUGUGGGGGGGCAUUACUGGCUCCCAGGGCCGGAUUUAGGUUUGGUGAGGCCCUAAGCUACUGAAGGUAAUGGGGCCCUUUAUAUGUCCAGCUGCCCUUUGUCAACAACAAAUUGUCGCUGUUUUUUGUGUUGAAUAUAUGCUAUAUGGUAAUUUAUGGACCUAAUAGGUAUCUAAAGCCAUUUGCACAUAACAAAAUAUGUAUUUUAUCAAAGUAAUUGUUGAACUGAAAUACAAUUAAGAAUAAGUAUAUUAAUAGUGAAAUAAUUAUUAAGCUCUAACUUAAAAUGAUUUUUUAUUCAUAACAAACUUAAUGCAAACACACUGGCAUUUGGCAAUAACAAAAGUUCAUUCAGAAACACAAUAGUCUCUAGAAACUUACUAUAACAUGAAAUAAUAAAUAUAUGUAAAUAUAUGUAAAUAUAUGAUGCAAACUACCAAUAAUUAUAAAUAGCAGAAUGUAGGCACCCCAUAUAUAGAAAUGAGCAAACCAGUGAUAUUUUAGGGAGCUGGCUAGCAGACGGGGCCCAUUACUUACACCAUAGGAGCCUACACAACACAGAACACUGUUGCUGUAUGUAGGUUUUAUUUUAUUUGUUUUUUAUGUUAUAUUUUGGAAAUGUACAUCCAGGUUUUUUUCCUUUAAAUUGUUUGGAGGCCCCCAAGAGAGUGGGGCCCUAAGCUAUAGCUUGUUUAGCUGAUACGUAAAUCCGGCACUGCUGGCUCCUCCUUCAUUCCCCAAUCUCCCCCUUCUUAAAGAGUUAGUAGCAGCACUUAUGUGUCACUUUGCACUUGUGCCAAAGUCACCAAUUGCCAGAUAAGAGAGGUGAAAACUGGGUGAUAAAACCCAAGAGCCUAGACCACUGUUGAGCUAUUAGGUUACCUCUGAAAGUCCACACAAGACAAAUGUUCCUCAUUCCUGUUUCUUAAGGCAGUUGUUCACUUAUGGAGUGUUUAUGUACUCAAUUAAAGCCCACACUUUAAAUGUUUGCCUUCUUUUCUCUUGACUUCCAAAGAGAAAAAUCUGCCUAACAAUAGUCUUCACCCUUGGAGCACUUUCUUCCGUCAAUCUGUCCUUAUUUUGAAACAUUUGUGGCAGGCUAAUUAUAGUAAGUAGGCCCUGAAGUAGAAAGCAUGUGAAAACAGUAUUGUGUUGAGCAUCUCUUCCACGACUUUUCCCCACGCUCUUUUAAAUACUACCAUAUUAACUAAAAAAACACCUUUCCAUUUUUUUGCUUUUCCGCUAUGGAAGAUGUCUCCUGCUUUAUUCUGUAGGUUCCCCCCCCCCAUGUUGAUCUCCUUGAGCCUAUGGCCCUAUGCCCGCUUACCUGGGAGUAAACCUCUUUGAAAUCAGUGGGGCUUACUUCUGACGAGACCUGCAUCGGAUUGCACAGUCUCUGCGACUGUACCCUCCAAUGAAAAUAGGGACAUCCGAAGGAAAUCAGAACAUUCUGGGAUCAAAUCAGAAACCGGGAUGGCUUCUUUAAAUCAGGGGCGUCCCUGGGAAAUAGGGACACUUGGAGGGUCUGCUUUUCUUUAAACUAAAAAGCCCCAUUGUAAAUUUGUGAAGAGCUGUUUACUGAGUUCUUUUGUGGGGACGCACCGUAGGAGUCAACUGUUAGGCACAUGCAGUGCUUUCUUUCUAAAAAAAAUGUUUACGGGUACAGUGGUACCUUGGGUUAAGUACUUAAUUCCUUCCGGAGGUCCGUUCUUAAUCUGAAACUGUUCUUAACCUGAAGCACCACUUUAGCUAAUGGGGCCUCCUGCUGCCGCUGCACCACCGGAGCACGAUUUCUGUUCUCAUCCUGAAGCAAAGUUCUUAACCUGAAGCACUAUUUCUGGGUUAGCGGAGUCUGUAACCUGAAGCGUAUGUAACCCGAGGUACCACUGUACUCUCACUUUCCAAUUCAUAUUGAAAUACUGCCCUUCAAUGAGGCCAAACUUAGAUUCACAAAAUGUUUAGGGGUAUGCGUACCCCUGCGUACCCCCAGAGAAAAGUACUGGGCACAUGGGUGCUUGCAACUAUUGGGUUGGCAACUCUUAUUAGAUAAAAUAUACUACAGCAUGGGUAGGCAAACUAAGGCCCGGGGGCCAGAUCCAGUCCAAUCGCCUUCUAAAUCUGGCCCAUGGAUGAUCUGGGAAUCAGUGUGUUUUUACAUGAGUAGAAUGUGUGCUUUUAUUAAAAAUGCAUCUCAGGGUUAUUUGUGGGGCAUAGGAAUUUGUUCAUUUCCCCCCAAAAAAUAUAGUCCCCCCCCCCCACUGAGGGACAGUGGACCGGCCCCCUGCUGAAAACGUUUGCUGACCCCUGUAUUACAGCCAUUUAUCAUAUCUGGCUAGUCUAGGAAAACAGGAUUAUAGCUUAUUCAGGGCUGAAGAAUACACUGUUGUGGGGUGAAAAAAAAUUGGUGGCGAUUUUCCCCGUCUUGCAUUUUUCUGCAGAAAUGUUUUCACUUCUAAAACUGCAUUCUUUUAUGAAAUGAACAAUCCACAUAACGUAGGUAUACCAUACCAGUCAAAUAAAAUACCCAUAGGAAGUACAUGCACAUGUGUGCAUUUGUGCACAUGAGGACACACAUACACAGAACCCCACAUAUCCACCAAAGCAGAACAGCAAUCUGAAUGUGCUAAAAUUGGUUUAUGAACCAUUUACGGUGCGUUCAUAUUUUUCUUAAAAUUUAAAUUACAUAAGGGAAGCAUAUGCUGCUGAGCUGCUGCCAGUCUUAAAAUAUUUACAACUAUUUCAAUAAAAAUAUUUUUUGAAUAUGAUAUUUAAACCAAAUGGAGUAUGCUUUACUGAUUUGCUCCCCACCCAAUAAAACAUUCCCAUUCAUCUACUUUUGGCAAUUGGAAGAACUUCCUGAGUUGUUUGUAUAACACACACAAAAAAUAACAUGACGUGUAUACUAGUUUAGUUUUGUAACUACUAAAUAUUAAACAAGUAAACAUGCUGACUGCCGUUCAAUCUAUUUAGAGCACUGGAAUCUCACCACCACUGCCACCAAUAAAAACAUCCCAUUCAAGAUUUCCUUGCAAAUAAGCAUUACUGAUUUUUACUGAACCAAUCAAAUUCUAUGGGGCCAAUUUCUGCUAUGGUAGCAAAGAUAGUCUGGAAUCUGUAUUUUGCUUAAACAUGUGGGCAUUCAGAAUGUUGUUCAGCAUCAUCUCUCUUUAAUUUUCUUCCACUCAUUUUUCAUCCUUGAGGCCAUCUUACAGGAAAUUAAGUUUCAACUGGAAAACGGCUAAGAAAUGCACUGUGGUCUUCAAGGGUAGAAUAGUAGUUUUAUCUUUUUUCUUUUAUUUGGUGGGCCAAUCAUCCCGACAUCAAAUGUCAAACAUCUUGAAAUCUGUGGCAUGCACCAGAAGUUAGUGGCAAACUGCUGAUAUGUUCGUGCUUCUUAGGAAAGUAAUUGUUACAGGAAGUUGUCUGAGAUGUGUGUUGAUGUAAGGUUUUCUACCUUAAAAGGAUAUGGUUGAAGAAGGUAUUUAAAAAAUCACAGUCAUUGCCUCCAGACUAGAGUGACGUUCUGUCAAGCUGCAUCUAAAUUCCAACAAGAACACAAACAUUUGCUGAGUUAGUAGCUAAACACCAGGUGCAACCAGGGCUUGCAAAGAAUUUUCAAUAAUUAAAAAAAAUAAAAAAUCAGGACACUUAGAAAUUACCAUAAAAGUCUGUGACUCUUCUUUCCCCUAAAGAAUAAAUUAAAUGCUACUGCUUUCAAACACUUUCAGCUGCAUCUUGGUUUAAUGUCUACUCCUGCGAGUAGAUUUCAAACAGCUGGGGGCAUUUUUAUAAGCCCAUAAAUCUAUAGAGAAAACAUACUUGAGAAAGCUAUACUAUGAGCUUUAAUUCUCAUGCUAAAUUAAUAAAACAGCCUUUAUUUUCAGUCAGUUGUGAACAAGCAAAAACUCAUCACGAUUGGAUAGAAGUUGAUAUCUCAGUUGCGGCUUAGAGCUCUUUUUUUUUCUUUUUAAAUGAUAUUUAUUGAAUUUUUUUUUAAAAAAAUUACACAAAAAAAAGACAAGACAGAAAAAAAUAAUAAUAAUAAAACCAUCAUUCUCAAAUUCUCCCCUUUCAAUACCUUCUUUCUUUGACCUCCUCCUCCUCCCUUUUCUUGUAUCCUGAUUAAUAAUAAUCGCAGCAAAUCCUUUCCAUAAUUCAUAGUAUUCUGUCAUUACAUUACCUUAAUCUAUUUUCAUCUUAUCUUAUAGAAAACCUUAAAGUUUAAAACUUAAAUCUUAUUUUUACCAACUUCUCCUAACCAUAACAUUCUUACCAAAUUCUUUAGACAUUUUUACAAGAGCCAAGUAAUUUCAUUUCAACAUUUUUCUAGCAUUCAUCAAUUUUAUAGAGCAAUCCUAAUGAUAAUAAUAAAAAAAGAAAUAAACAAUCCAAUCUUCAUCUUCUUAGAGCUCUUGAUCAUGUUAAUUUGAUUGUGUUUCCUUUUAUUUUGCAGUUUCCUGAAACUGCAGCAGGUAAAGCCAUAUUCACAUAGACUGAGGAGUUUAACAGAUCUAGCAAUUACAUAUUUUAAAAAACUGCUUUUGUUCAUAAAGAUGCUCAGGGGACAUAUACAGAUAUGAGGUCUCCAUUGAUGGAUGGCUAUCAUUUAUGAUCUUGUUCAGAUUCCUGUAUUGCAGAGGUUUGGACUAAAUGAAUCUCGGGUUUCCUUCAAACUCUAUAAUUCUAUGAUUCCAGAACUUUUUGAUCAACAACUUCUACUAAGAACUUAUAAUAUGAACUUCCUUCAUUAGCUCACAUCACCACCAACCCCUUUCACCCUCUUUUAAAACAAUUAUCUGCUUUAUUGUUUUGGUAUACAUGACAUUUUGUGAGUUAAUGAAUGUUGUAUGUUAGGCAGGACAAGCACUGAGGGUAGUGGAAGAGAAUGGUCAGAGCUGCUGAACAAAGGAGAACAGGAUUUCCAGAACUGGCCUAUGGACCACCAGUCAUCUAAGAGCUUCAUUCAGGUGGUCCACAUUGCAUGUGGAUUUGUGGUUGAAAAUGGGAGACAGAGCAUCCAUCACACUGAAUAUUCAUAUUGAUUUUUUUAAUUGUGUUUUUAUUGCUUUUUAUUUCUUACAUUGUAUUUUAUUGUAUUGCAAUUUGAAUUCUGUGGAAUACAACAAAAUAUAAUAAAAAAGAAGCAAUACGAAUACAAUGAAUAUCAUACAGGCACAGCACCUUGUAAUUACUAAUAAGUGGUCUACCAAGUUCUGCAGCUUGUUUCAAUUGGAUGGUGUAGAUAAUCAUUUGGGAGCUACUGGCGUACAGCUGAGGAUGGCAGAGUUAGUAGAGCAGAGCUAUAACAGGAACUAAAUACAGAAAUGUUAAGUGAGCAGACCAAUCGUGGGAGGAGACCACUGGUUCUUCCAGUAAUUCUGCUGUGGAAUGGACUUUCCCAGCUAAUCCAUUCAUGUACUGAAGAGGAAUAAAUGAAUGAGCCAUUGUUAGUGAGUGGAAGUAGGAAAAGGUAACAGGACAAGAAAAAAUAACAGCAGAGUGAAUAACAGGAGCAAUUUAUUACAUACACAGAAAUGUGACUUCCAAAGUUCACAGACUUAGGUUCAACAGGGGAAUGCACACCCAUUGCAUAGCUAGCUGAAGUGCUUCUGGUCUCCUCAGGAGGGGUGCUGCUGAACCACAGAGGAGGAAGUCACAACCAUCUGUGUUCCACUGGAGAAACCAUCAUAGUGACAUGACCUAGGAAUUCCAGGGACUUGAAGGAAUAAAGAACAAAACCUAAAAAACUCCAGAGGGGCUCAUGUUGUUGACAGGUUUUGACAACAUACUAAGGAAAGUGCCAUUAUUCUGCACCAUCCUAAUGACUUUUGCAGUCAAUUCCAAGUAACCUUGAAUCCCCCCCCCCCCAAGCUGUAACUGCUGCAGCUUUUCUGGAAUGUUAUGAAUAAGAUUACUAUAUGCAUGGUUUAGGUCUGCAUACUGCUAACCUAGCAAUAGCCAAUGAGGUGUUAUCUAGAUGUUUCUGGACUACAGUUCCCAUCAUCCUUGACCAUUGGCCAUGCUGGAUUGGGCUGAUGGGAAUAGUAGCUGGCAACAUGGGGAGGGCACAUUGGUUAACCACAUUAGUUAUCCUUUUUCAUCAAUUUCCUUUCAAUUGGAAUCAAAGUGAUAAUAGCAUUGGUGUUUGCUACUCCGUACUUUUGGCCAACUUACAAAAUUAAACAUAGCAGAAAUAUCAAAAUAUAGCAGCAACAGUCCAUUUUCCUGACUUAUUGAAGGAUGAGGCUGUAUCUGCCAGUCUUCUACCCAGCCUAUUUUAAACUACUGUUUUUCUCUCUUCUGCUGCUGCCUCCUGAAUCUUUAGCUUAAAUCUGUCAAUGAUAUUCCAGAUAUUUAUUUAACUGGCAGUCAGAUUCUGUCCAGCAUCCAUGCAUACAUAACAGGGUACAAUCUACAUUAGCAGGUGUUUUUUGCUUUCGUUUUUUUGUGUUACUGUAGCUUCAUGCUUGCUUGUGAAUCACAUAAGAUACUGGUAUGUCCCAACCUGUAGUUAUUCCACUACUUCUCCCUCUUUAACAUGUGAUCUUUCAGACUCUAUUAACUUAUGAAUGCGCUGAUGUUGUCUAAUGUCUAUAUUUUGCUUCUGGAGCAUCCAGCAAAAAUCUGAAAGCAUGCUGCGACUCCACCUGUCUUGGUACCUCCUUUCCAUGCCACAAAUACCUUGGUGAACCCGCUCCCAGUGUCAUCACUAACAGCAACCAACUUGGCUGGGGAAAUGUUGAGAUGCAAAUCCAAUAAACACAUUUUCAGAGACUUAUUACAUCCCUGUAGCCUCUAAGUUUAUUAGAGGUGCAAAAUUUCAAGACCCAGUGUUGCCUCAAUACAGUUGUGUGCUUCUGUUGCUGGGCUCCAUUGCAAAUGGCUUCUCCAUGCAAACCAGGAAGUGACCUCUCCAGACAAUGGAACAACUCUUCUUUUCUUAUCUCUGUGGCUGUGAUCUUCUGGGUAACAUGGACACCGUUAGGCAGUUGAAUGUGCAUACGCACUCCAUCCAUUUCCUCCCUCCACGUGGCCCCGGGCACUCGCAACCCACACUACGCCACUGUUUGCCUUCAUUGCCUUCCUUAUGCUCUGCUUGUAAAUCAGGGCUGAGGAAUCUUUGGCCCUCCAGAUGCUGAUAAACUGCAACUCCGAUUAUCCCUGCAUGCUGUAGCUGCUGGGAGUUCUAGUUCAGCAAUAUGUGGAGGACCAAAGAUUCCCCAUCCUGCUGUAAACACACCAGAUUUUUUUACCAAGACAAUAUUAAUGCUCUCAUCUUAAUGAAAUGCACAUAUAUUCACACAGCAGCAUCCCUGGUUCUCCUCCUCUGUCUAAAACUAGGCUUCAAAUAAGCAUUAUAUUGUGGCCCAAGGAAAAGUGGUGAUGUUUGUGUGGUGCCUACAACAGUGUCUUCAGUUUGCAGAUGUGCCCACAGUCUCUGAAAGGUUGGUGAACCCUUGCCUAGAUCUUCUUCCAGCUUGGGAAAGGGCAGAGAGCAUAGCAGUAACCACAGCCUUCUGUUUUUGGCUUUGGAGUUUGACCCUCAGGGCAUUCCACAGAAAAAUUGGUCCCCUGCUUCAGAGGAGCUUCACCCUGUGAUAGAAACUCCUGUUUAAGGGCUGGCACAAGUAAACUCCUGCCUUUACUCAUAUUUUUUAAUUAGCGUAGUUUACUGAGUCAUUCGUUAGCGUGAGUCACUCAGUUAUAACAUGCUGAACACAAAUGCAAAACGUGAGACACUCAAAUGGCACGGGAUCUCACAGAAAAGUAAGAGAAGAGGGGGAAAACAGGAAACAAUUAUUUAUAUGAGCUUUUGAUCUUUCGAGGCACAACCAGACAGCAUCAUACAAUAGGCCGAACCUCAGGCCUUUGCAGCAGGAAUGCAUGAGUAACAGACCUGGUUUUCUAAGUCAUUCACUGUGAGACACUGGGCAUUUUUGUGUCCUCCUUCUCCAGGCCAUUAACUUGUGUAGUCAUAUCCAGCUAUACAAUGUGAAUCAAACACUGUUGACAUCUGGUUCCCUAAGUCAUCGGAUACCACUCGAGCAAAAUGAUAAACCAGUGCUAGUUUUAGACACUAGUUUCCUCUGCUCCAAAAUCAAUGGACAGAGAGGGAAGAGAAAAAACACAGGUGGCAGUGCAAACCUACCAGAUCCAGACCAGAAAUCUCAACUGAGACCUGGUGGAGUGGGAAGCCACAAUUUAUCACCAUGCAUUGAAUGCAUCCUUCAGUGAGGCUUGUCUGGCAUCUAGUUUAAUGCUAUCAGAUUCAUAUGAACAACAUUGAUGGUGUUGGUGGAAAUCAUAGAUAUGCCCUAAUUUCAACCAAGUGCAAGGAAGAUAAAAUUUAAGGGGCUGUACUAGUUGAAAGGCAACACAAGAUGAACCUAUGCCCUGACAUGGUGAAAACAGGCAAAGGCACAUUCUGACCUAUUCUAAGUAUCUCAGAAGGUCUGGAUGGUGUCGUCUUGGACAGAAUUUGAUGCUGGCGUGUAUGACAGCAUCUUAAACCAUUUGAGCUAAUUGAUUUUAUUCCCAUCGGUGCAGUGAGGCUUGCCUGUGGUGAAUUACUUGAAACUUAUUAUCCAGCACGCAAGAUGUGGAGUAGGAAAAAGAACACAAACUCUUUUUCACAAUGCUUUAAUCUGCAGCCACAUCAUACAAUGAGUGUACAGGGCUGGAAUUUCAAACUCAGUUCUGCGCUGAAAAAUAACAACAAAUGCUGAAUAAUAUACAGUGCUGUACUAUGAGCUUUGCAUUCCUUUCAAUGUCUCUUACAGAAGAUAGAGGCUUGCUUACAAAAGCCACUGCUCCUUUCACCAAUUGUCAACAGGUUCCACGUAGCUUUUGGUGCAAGGUUUCAAGCCUAUGCUGUUUGCAAGGAUGUUAAGUCUCAUUCAGCUCAGAGAAAAGUUUUCCUCCCCCUCUCAUGACUCUGGAAUUCAUAGGAAGCUGAAUGUUGGGGGGGGGAGGGUUUACUGGUUCAUGGGGUUUCCCCUCCCUCCUCUUUUUUAUUAUGUAUUCUGUGUUUUUAUCUGGGAGUGGCCGCCAAGGCCACAUAACCCCAUUCCUGAAAGGCCUUCAUUGGCUCCCAGUACAUUUCCGAGAACAAUUCAAAGUGUUGGUGCUGACCUUUAAAGCCCUAAAUGGCCUUGGGCCUGUAUACCUGAAGUAGCGUCUCCACCCCUAUCAUUCAGUCCAGAUGCUGAGGUCCAGCUCUGAAGGCCUUCUGGCAGUUCACUCACUGUGAGAAGUGAAGCUACAGGGAAUCAGGCAGAGGGUGUUCUCAGUGGUGGUGCCCGUCCUGUGGAACGCCCUCCCAUCAGAUGUCAAGGAAAUAAACAACUAUCUGAAGACAUCUGAAGGCAGCCCUGUUUAGGGAAGUUUUUAAUGUUUGGUGUUUUAUCAUAUUUUUCAAUAGUCUGUUGGGAGCAGCCUAGAGUGGCUGGGGAAACCUAGCCAGAUGGGCAGGGUAUGAAUUAUUAUUAUUAUUAUUAUGUUGUAGUUGUUGUUGUUGUUGUUGUUAACAACCCUGGGAUCUACGCAUGAAGGGCAGUAGACAAAUUUAAUACAUGAAUGAAAUAAAUAAAAAGAUUCAAGACAGACAGAAGGAAGUUUACUUCUUCACACAACUUGCUCCCACCAGAGGCAGUGAUGGUCAUCAACUUGGAUGGCAUUAAGAGAAGAUUAAUGGAGGUAAAGGCUAUCAGCGGUCACUAGCCACAAUGACUGUGUCCUGCCUCUUCUGUUGGAAGCAAUAUGCCUUUGAAUAACAGUUGCUGAGAGUCACAGGCAAAGAGGGUGCUUUUGGGGUUCCCCUAGGCAUCUGGUUGGUCACUAUAUGAAAACAGGAUGCUGGAUUAGAUGGUCCCUUGGCCUGAUCCAGCAGUCUCUUCUUAUGUUCUUAUUAACUCAAUGAGACUUCAGAGUAUGAACACAUAGGAUUGCCCUGUAAAUCACCAGCCCCCUUUCCAAUUAAGUAGAAUGCAUUCCUGCAGAAUAAGGGAAAAACUUACAGACUCUGAGUGUUUCUCUUGGUUGAAGAACCGCAUUGCAAAAUUCACAGAAUUGCCAUGGCAUUGUUUUGGUUCACAUAUGGUUCUGGAAAGUGCAGGUUGGGUAGGUUCACCUUUAAAUUCUCCCUAACGAUGACUGCAGUGGUGCUGUGGGUUAAACCACAGAGCCUAGGACUUGCUGAUCAGAAGGUCAGUGGUUUGAAUCCCCGCGACGGGGUGAGCUCCCGUGGCUUGGUCCCUGCUCCUGCCAACCCAGCAGUUCGAAAGCACAUCAAAGUGCAAGUAGAUAAAUAGGUACCACUCCAGCGGGAAAGUAAACGGCGUUUCCGUGCGCUGCUCUGGUUCGCCAGAAGCAGCUUAGUCAUGCUGGCCACAUGACCCGGAAGCUGUACGCCGGCUCCCUCGGCCAAUAAAGCAAGAUGAGCGCCACAACCCCAGAGUCGGCCACAAUUGGACCUAAUGGUCAGGGGUCCCUUUACCUUUACCUUUAACGAUGACUGAAAUAAUGGUUUGCUCACAGCCCCGCAGCUUGCUUCUGCCCAAGCUCCAGUUUGAAUUGGAGGACUUCCGGCUGUAUGCACUGUUCCUGGGCUGGCAUGGGCAGUAAUUUCUCAUAGAGACUUGAACAUCAUAUGAUGGCAUCAUCGUCAGCUGCAAUGCACAUGCUCGUUCUUUAGCUAAUCUCUGUUCAAACUGGUUUUGGAGCCACUACAAAAACGUGCAAAAUCCUGCUGACCAGAGAAAACAACAGGAUGAGUGCACACGGGACGUAACAUUUCCUCUGACUUGCCGCUGUCGGGUCUCCCCUUUUGCCUUGUUUAGAGUUGUUGCUCUUGCAAAGUUCAAUUUCCUACCUCUGAGUUCACAUCCUCCUCGUUUCCUUGUUUCUUCCCUCUUCAUUGCAGGAGAAUUGUACUCUGAGAAGCCACAGCCCUUCUCCCCGCAGCCAGUGGCUCUUCCAUCCCCACGCAGCUCUGUUAGAUGUAGAGGACCCAAGUCCAUGUGACCAGCUUCACAAGGUACGCUUUAUGCAGUCAACUUGCUUUGAUCAUUUCUGUGGCAUUCCGUAUCAGUGAGUUGGGGCCAAACGAGACAAUUUCUAUUUGUGCCCUUCAGUGCAGGGUUGGUUUUUGUUUUGUUUUUUACAUAAAUUGCCAGCAUGGGCACCCUGAUCUCAAUUGAGGCAUUAAUUUGUGGAGGGGGCUUUUACCCUUGGUCUUUGCUAGAGGAUUGGGAGUCCUACACAGGUAAUUUGCUUGUGCAUUCAUUUCAAUGGGAGUCUGUCUCCCCCCCCCCCCAAGAGAGCACUGUUUCUUCCCUUACAAAGCUACACUUCCCACCUUUUCUUGAUCUUCAUUAUCUCAGAGACCCAGGGCUAACUUGGAUUCUGCAACCAGAUCAUAUCCAAUAUUUAAAUCCUGAUGGGAUUGAAAACAAAACUGAAAGCAGCCCUUGGGAGACUGAUCUGCAGUUGUUGGAGGAUUCUUGACUCUUUCCCUGCCUGCUGUUUUUCUGCUCAUUAUCCAUCUUCCAAACUGUUUCCCCUAUCAUCACAAUGGCAGAAAACAAUUUGGGACCCACAUUUUUUCUCCUUGUAUGGAGAAAAGCUGCUGAGUUCACUCAACUUUUAACAGAAAAGGAGUCAGCAGGGGAAGGGUUAAGCAUCCCCCCACCCCUCAAAAACAUCUUUUCCUCUUCACUGAUGCUUUUCUUUUCUUUUUAGAAGGUCAUUGAUGGGAAAGUUACAUUUACAUGUAACAACCAGGUUGUCUCCCAAUCUAAAGGCCUGUUGAAGAGUCAGUGCCCGUCUUGUAUGUUGCUCCAAGCUUUGCAUAUUGCAAUGAGCGUGUUAACUUUGCAUGCAGGCAAACUAUAUUAAUAAUAAUAACAAUAAUUUAUUAUUUAUACCCCGCCCAUCUGGCUGAGUUUCCCCAGCCACUAUUGUUAGGGGAAGAUGGUUAAAAGCACAUUUGUCCAAUGAUUUCUAGUUAUCGGUCUGCUUUUUCUUUUGUUCCACAGCUUUACCCUGAAAAACCCAUUGUUUAUUGCUGAACUGGAGCAAAUUGGUUUUUACUGUUGUUCUGAUGCAGCGGCAAACAGUGGGUUUUCCCAGGGGAAGCAGGGGGGACACAAGAAAAAACUCUUAGACCCAUGUCUAGGAAUCACAGUAAAAAAUGAAAUGAAAUACAGUGGUACCUUGGGUUACAAAUGCUUCGGGUUACAAACGCUUCAGGUUACAGACUCCGCUAACCCAGAAAUAGUACCUCGGGUUAAGAACUUUACCUCAGGAUGAGAACAGAAAUUGUGCGGCGGCGGCGCAGUGGCAGCUGGAGGCCCCAUUAGCUAAAGUGGUACCUCAGAUUACGAACAGUUUCAGGUUAAGAACGGACCUCUGGAACAAAUUAAGUUUGUAACCAGAGGUACCACUGUAUGGGACAAAUGGAAGUGUGGAUGAGCUCUUAAUGUACCCGGCAAUAUCACCUCCAGAAGUUCACAGCCCACACUGGGGAUUGUAUGGAAGACUGAGGGUGUGAAUAUCAAUAUCACAGCUCUGUAUGCAGCCUUUGCAGUUUGCAUUUCAUUUCAUUUUUAUUUAUUGAAUUUAUAUACCUCCCUAUACCCGGAGGUCUCAGGGCAGUUCACAAAAAAAACCACAGUAUAUAAAAUCAAAUAAUAAUCCAAUCACACGCACACAAAGAGCCACAUUUUUUGUCGUUUAGUCAUGUCCGACUCUUCGUGACUCCAUGGACCAGAGCACGCCAGGCACUUCUGUCUUCCACUGCCUCCCGCAGUUUGGUCAAACUCAUGCUGAUAGCUUCAAGAACACUGUCCAACCAUCUUGUCCUCUGUCGUCCCCUUCUCCUUGUGCCCUCAAUCUUUCCCAACAUCAGGGUCGUUUCCAGGGAGCCUUCUCUUCUCAUGAAGUGGCCAAAGUAUUGGAGCCUCAGCUUCAGGAUCUGUCCUUCCAGUGAGCACUCAUUUUAGGAUGUUGAUUAGAUCAGCCAAAGGCCUGGUUAAAAAGGAACAUUUUUGCCUGGCGCCUAAAGGUGUACAAUAAUGGCACCAGGCAAACUUCCCCAGGGAGAGAAUUCCACAGACGGGGAGCCACUACAGAGAAGGCCCGUUCUUGUGCUGCUACCCUCCAGAUCUCUCACAGAGCAGGCACACGAAGGAAGGCCUCAGAAGAUGAUCUCAGGGUCCAGGUAAGUUCAUAUGGAAAGAGGCGGUCCUUGAGGAAUUGCGGUCCUGGGCCGUUUAAGGCUUUAUAGGUCAGAACCAGCACUUUGAAUUGGGCCCAGAAACUAAUCGGUAGCCAGUGCAGUCAGACCAGGAUCAGUGCAACAUGCUCAAACCGUGAGCAACGUGGCCGCUGAAUUCUGCACCAGCUGCACCACGGGCUGAAAAGCACUCCUCAAGUAACACCCUCUGGGAACGACCCUCCAAGCAGGACUGGAACCACUGCACCCCUAGUUGCGUGAAUGUAGUGGCUUGAAAAAGUGCUUUCAGAUGAUUCCAGCUGGGUUGUUAUUCGCCGGCUUGGAACCCCUAUAUAGCUGGUUCCAGAAGUCAAUCAUAUAAGUGCUUCCAGCUAUAGGAAGGCAAUGUUUACCAACAUUUUACACCACAAUCACAUAUGUAUAACAUUCAUGUGACCUCGUAUUUAUGAUCUUGUGCUGGAGCAGCAGCUAGGAAUCCCCCCUUACUCCAACUCUUCAGUCUAUUUAUUUAUUUAUUUAUUAAGGUUGAAUUGGUUUAUGCAACCUAUGUCACCGAUCCGGGAUGUACCAUGGAUGCACAUUUUUUUAAAUGUGCACAGUUUCUGUCUUUCUUAAGCCAGCAAAGGUUGGGUCAUUGACUUCUACAAUAUCCCACACAGAUCGGAAUGGGGCAGAUCCAGUUCAGCCGCAGAACUGUAACUCCCUGUUUGGGUGUUAACAUAGAAAUAAAGUCCUGAGUCUUCCUUGUCCCCUUUCAACUUCCUCAUUGGGUGUUAACGUAAAAUUAAAUGACUCUCUUUCAAAAAUGUAGACAUCAUUUCCAUAAUACAUGUCCUGUCAGACCGAAUAGUUUUUGGUUUUUUUUUGGUCACAGGUGUAAUUCUCCCCACCCAGUUACUCUAAAAGCUGUGUUAAGGCAAUAUGCCUAACUCCCAAAACUCCCCCUAAUUGCUUGCCUUUUUCAGUUUCUCUUCAGCUUUCAGCAGUCAGUUGCCAAUCUUCUGAUCGACACUGCAAUUACCUGAUGCCUCUUGUGACAUUAUUAUGUCGAAUUAGAAGCUGUUUGUCAAGGCGCUUGCACAUCCUAACUUGUUUUCCAGUUGUAAUGACAACUUCAUUUCCCCCACCCCCAGUAAGGAUGUGGAGAAGGAAAUGUUUGUGUUUCACAAAUGUAUGUUUUGCUAGGCAAGCUAAUGACAGAGAAUAUUUGAUUUGAAGUAAAAACCUGGUAUGAAAAUAUCCAGUGUGAAAAAUGUAUCACAGAACUCCCUGCCACAAGAAAUAGUUCCAAAUGAGCUCAGGAUGGCCCUGUUUAACCAGCCUAUUUGGGAUACCCAAGUGAUAUCACAUGGGUCAAAAUAAAUGGAAUAUCCAAUCAUUAAGCCGAUUGUAUAAGCAAUCUUAUCACAGAUUUUUCCCCAUUUAGGACAACUCUACCACAUGCACAAAAUGUUAGGUCCCUCCCCCACUCUUUCCAGGCAUGGUCCACACUUUAAAACUCCAUGUCUGAGUGCCCCCUUUUUUAGGUUCUAGCUUUCCCUGUGUGCAAACCAAUCUGCAGAAAACAUUUGCUCCUAUUGAAUGCUAAAGAGGUUUUCGUGUGUGUGCGUGUGUGGAAGCUAGGGACAAAAAAGGGAGCUCAGACAUGGAGUUUUAAGCACUAAUCUGUGCCUGGAAUGACCGCUCCCCACAUUAAAUGGGGGGCACCAUUUGUGUGGGUGCACACAGCCCCGCCCAAUCCUACACAACUCCCGGCUAGGCAGCCUGGCUUCCCCUCCCCCUCUUCCCGGGCCAGAUACCUGGAAGUUCCCGCCAAGAUUCCAACAAUUGGCCGGUCCCAGCUGGAGGAGGCGUUGCCAGGGGACUUGGUCAGGUAGGGCUAGGUCUGUCCCCCCCCCCACACACACAAUAGAGUGACUUACAUGGGAAUCUUCAGUUGGCUUCAUGCAUUCCUUUUGCAGUUUAACCUUUUUUCAUUACCACUAUGUGGGCAUUGCUACGGUCAUUGAUGGUUGCUGUUGAAGGACCGGGAAGGGAUUUCCCUGCAUUGGCAGGUUUUGCCUUGCCUGUAGCAAAAUGCCACACCUUUGGUGGUUUCAGGCCUUGGGUGGAAUUCUUUAGUCUAUCUUCCCUAAAGGGGGGGGCGUGAAGCGGUGACCCGUGCUCCCCCAGCGGUGGCGGCAAUCCCAGGGUUUCCCGUUAAAGGGGUUGUUUUGAGGGGAGGCAUUGGCCAUACGCCGAGAGGUUGUCAUUGCUCUCCCCUGUGACACAGUGAAAUGGGGGGCAGGCUCUCUGCUUAAACAUACAUUUUCCAGAACCAGCCCAAUCCCCACACAUUCUGGAUAACCCUGAGGUCUCCCAGAUCCCCAGCUGGGGACUGGGAGGGAUAAACACCCAAUGCCUGAGCCAAGGUCUCCCUACAUCUGAAACUUUUAAUAAAGUUGUGGCCAAUUUUCAUCCCAUUCCACCCGGGUGUUGUCUGGGAUUGAGGGGGUGGUGGUCUCUGCCUGACUACGCAAAGAGAGGGGUGGAGGAAAGUAAGUAUGGAUAAAUCCAUAGUCUCUUUCCUUCACUUCUAACCAACAUAAUUGUCCAGCUGAAAGUAUUGAAUAAUAUGCCUUAGUGAUCUCUGAAUGAUUCAUUCAUUUAUACUUUGUAUUCAGUGACUGCGGGACGCGGGUGGCGCUGUGGGUUAAACCACAGAGCCUAGGACUUGCAGAUCAGAAGGUCAGCAGUUCGAAUCCCCACGACGGGGUGAGCUCCCGUUGCUCGGUCCCUGCUCCUGCCAACCUAGCAGUUUGAAAGAACGUCAAAGUGCAAGUAGAUAAAUAGGUACCGCUCCGGCGGGAAGGUAAAUGGCGUUUCCGUGUGCUGCUCUGGUUCGCCAGAAGCGGCUUAGUCAUGCUGGCCACAUGACCUGUACGCCGGUUCCCUCGGCCAGUAAAGCGAGAUCAGCGCCACAACCCCAGAGUCGGUCAUGACUGGACCUAAUGUCAGGGGUCCCUUUACCUUUACCUUUACCUUUACCUUUAUUCAGUGACUGCAGAGCCAACAAUAUGCACAGAACUCUACAGCAUUGUUAUAAGUAAAAAUAAAUAAAUACCUGGACCCUUCUGCUGCCUCCCACCCACCCCCAGAGCUUAGAUCUAAAUUUUGGAAGUAGAAAAGACAAUAGAGAAAAGGGCAGGGAGAGACACACUACCUGUGGAUAAAUGUAAGCAGCUAAAGCAGGCCCAUGUACUUACUUACGCUUGUCUGUAGUUUGGGUUAUAGUUGAUGAUUGAGACUGGGGUCAAGCCAGAGGUUUCACAGAAAAUGUGCACCUGGAAUCUAAAGGAGAAAGAGAGAGAAGGUGCUACAGGUACAUUCAGUACAUGUGUGGAAUACUGCCAUUUCAGCAGCUUGCAAUGUUAGGGUAGACAGUCGUACCUUGGUUCUCGAACUUAAUCCAUUCCGGGAGUCCAUUUGACUCCUGAAACAAUUCAAAAACCAAGGCUUGGGUUCCGAUUGGCUGCAGAAGCUCUCUGCAGUCAAGCAGAAGCCGCGUCAGAUGUUUGGCUUCCGAAAAACAUUUGCAAACUGGAACACACACUUCUGGGUUUGCGGUGUUUGGGACCCAAAACGUACGAGUACCAAGGCGUUCGAGAACCAUUGGUACGGCUGUAUUUGGCUUGAGUUAUGAAUAGGGCACAUGGCUGAACUGUGCCAGAUCCACACACAGCUGGUAGAAGUUGCUCAUGAGAAAGCAGUCUUGGAGAAGCAGCAUGUGAUCUCCUAUUUUUCUAGUGAAAUAUAAUCUUCCAAUACUCAGCUCGUUUUCAGCAACUAAAGCAGCUAUAUUCCACUGUGACACUAUAAUGCUUUUUUUGUUUUGUUUAGAGUCUGUGGUUUUUACUAGAACUUCCCACCCAGGGUGAGAAUUAUACUCCAGGGCAAGAGAAGCUGGACUCUGGAUAGUACCGCUUUACUAUCGGGGAAUGAGUAACGCUGGCUUCGGAAGGGCAGUUGUGAAAUCGCACUAAGAUUCUGCAAAUUUUCGAUUUACUGCUUCUUUUGAAAUGAUUAAACAGUUACUGCCAGCUGUUUUUCCUUUUCUCCCCAUAAAAUAUGAAUGGGAAGAAUCAAAACUGCUUACUGCCAGCCGCUCUCAAAUCCAGAUUCUCUUACAAGUUUACCAAGGCCUGUGGUUCCAUUUUGGCUGAUCAGCAGAGUGUGAAGGAAAGUCCAUCUGCUGUUUUGAUUCUAAAAUACAAAAACAUACUUUAAGCAACUUUGUGACCAGAUAGGCUCCACCCUAAUUACAAGAUUGCAUGUUGAUCACAAGUAGCCGCUAAGAAAACUGUAUGGCUUGUCCCAUUAGUAAAUGUAUUUUAGGAUCAAAGUGGUGGGUUCUUGGCAAAGGAAAAACAGCAAUAACAGCAACAGCAGCAGCAGCAGCAACAACAACAACAGCAACAACAAUUUAUUUAUACCCCACCCAUCUGGUUGGAUUUCCCCAGCCACUCUGGGUGGCUCCCAAUGGAAUAAUAAUAAUAAUAAUAAUAAUAAUAAUAAUAAUAAUAAAGCAACAAAACAAUCAAACAUUAAAAACUUCCCUAAACAGGGUUGCCGUCAGAUGUCUUCUAAAAGUCAGAUAGUUGUUUAUUUCCUCGACAUCUGAUGGGAGGGCGUUCCACAGGGUGGGUGCCACUACCGAGAAGGCCCUCUGCCUGGUUCCCUGUAACCUCACUUCUUGCAGUGAGGGAACCGCCAGAAGGCCCUCGGCUCUGGACCUCAGUGUCCGGGCAGAACAAUGGGGGUGGAGACGCUCCUUCAGGUAUACUGGGCUGAGACCAUUUAGGGCUGUCAGGUCAGCAUCAAAACUUUGAAUUGUGCUCGGAAAUGUAUUGGGAGCAAGUGUUCUGUGAAGCAGAUGAGCCAUGAAAAUCCCAUUCUUUCACCAAGGGUUUGAUUCUGUUCUCUUGCACCACCCUGCCCCAAGAGCAGGAAGAUGGGAAGCUGCCUUAUACUGAAUCUGGACACCUAGUUCAGUAUGGUCUAUAUUGACCAGAAAUAGCUUUCUUUGUUUCAGACUGGAGUUUUUCUCAGUUGUACCUGGAGUUGCCAGGGAUUGAACCUGGGGCAUCCUGUGUGCUACACAUGGGCUCUGCCAUUGAGCUACAACAGCCAUUUCAUAAUACAAUGCACAGCAGUUGAAACUUUCCCAAUCUGCAAGCUAGGUCAUUCAUGCAGUGUGGAGCUCCUUCAGCUUGCCAGUGCCUCUUCCCAAAGGCAAAUCAAAUCAAAGAUGGUUCAGGGCAUCUUCCAUCACAUGAAAGCAUAUGAAGGUUGAACAAUAGGUCCAUGUAGCUCUGCCUAUUUGACUUAUGGAAGCUUUCCAAGAUGUCUUUCCCAGCCCCUCUUCCCAAGAUGCAGUCCACAACAUCUGGAAGAUGCCAUAUUGGCUAUCCCUAUCUUAGUGGAUUUCAAUAAGCACAGUGAUAUAUUGCAAAUAACUUUUUGUUCCCUCUGCCAAUGCUCCAAAUUCCUUGACUUGAUGUGGUUUCAGCACUGGUUCAACUCGAGCCCAAAACAGAGAUGUCAGGUAGGGAUUCAGACCACCCAACGGUGGUCAAAUGAAGAAACUCAGGUGAGGACAACCACAUUACCCAUGAAGUCUCCUUGUACCAAUAAGUCUGUGCAGGUCAUAUGUUAUUCCCUGAACCCUGUAAAGGCUUCCAACUAAGGCUGGCUUGAUAGUCUGAGCAACAAAACCUUCUUGCCAACUACAGAGUACAUUAACUCAUCCUCAGCUGUGCAUGUUCUCGGUCUCUCUCAUACUUUGUGACUUUUAGUUGUUUAUUUUUAUCUCCGUCUCUAUAGCCUCACAAUAUUGGUAGAUUAACUAACGGAAGUGAGUUGCUUAACGUUAUCCAUUCAGGUUCAUGGCUGAGUGGAGAUUUGAACAGUAGCUUCUCCCCACAUCCAUUAUAAUGCACAGGUUUUAUUAUUUUGUGAUGUAACUGCUAUGCUUUUGUACUUGCUGCCAAGAAUAUAUAUAAAAAUACCCAGCCAAAUGGUUGGCCUUUUCUGCAUGUUUACAUAGUUCAUAAGUGACCUCUGAAGCCUUGGGAAGUCCAGCACUUGACAGUUACAUAAGCACAAGGAAGCACAGCUUUGUGGGCAAAACACUGUAGAUGCUCCUGGGAGUGACAGUGGCAUGUACAUUGGUGCUCAAACAAUGUAUUGGUUGUGUAAUAAAACAUGUGACAGCAUUGAUUCCUGGUUUAGGAUGCUCCAGUUAGUCAUAGAAUCAGAAUUGUAGAGCUGGGGUCACCUAGUCGAACCCCUUGCAAUGCAGAAAUGCCAACUAAAACAUCCAUGACAGAUGACCUUCCAACCUCUGCUUAAAAACCUCCAAUGAAUGAGAGUCCACCGCCUUCUGAGGAAGUCCAUUCCACUAACAAACAGCUCUUACUGUCAGAAAGUGCUUCCUGAUGUUUAGUUGUCACUUAUAUUGACUUAUACUGGUCAGCACCAUUUCUUACUUAAAUAUAUUUAGUUGUUUAUUUGAAGCUUGUGGUUGUGAUAUCAUCUUUUUUGGAAACAAUGAUCAGGCAAACCUGAGAUGAGGCUUUUGUUUCUAAAACUCUGAUUCCAUGGUGGCUCAUUCAAGAAAAAAGUUGUAUAUGAAACUGAAAAAAUAGCACAGUUUAUACGUUGAAAAUAUGGCUCUGUGAAUAUUCCUACAUUCAAUAGGUGGGUUUAAAACCUUCGUGUCUGUUUUCUCUUCACAAACUCCUCCUUGAUGUACUCCUAAACACCUUUUUAAAAACAAACUCAGAGCCCAGAAACGAGAGAAAUUAAGUUGUUCUCAAGUCCCAAAUGAAAUCAUUAGGAUGAACUAACCACAACUUAUUUCCCACUCAUUUAAGUGGAGUUAAAAGCAUUACUAGCAUUCUCUGGAUGUAGACUAGUGCAUGUUAAGUGUUAAACAAGAGCAGGGGGCAGCAAUUUUUUUCAACAGGGGGCCAGUCCACUGUCCCUCAGACUUUGCGGGGGGCCAGACUAUAUUUUUUGGGGGAGGGGGAUGAACAAAUUCCUAUGCCCCACAAAUAACCCAGAGAUGCAUUUUAAAUAAAAGGACACAUUCUACUCAUGUAAAAACAUGCUGAUUCCUGGACCAUCCGCGGGCUGAAUUUAGAAGGCGAUUGGGGCGGAUCUGGCCCCUGGACCUUAGUUUGCCAACCCAUGAACAAGAGAAUCUGUGUGUUUAAGAGCUUUUUUCUUUGCCUCACAUUCUUGCAGCCAUACUGACCCAGAGAGAGAGCGCGCGCGCAUGUUAGGUACUUGUUAAUCUCAGGAAGAUCUUUGAAUAGUCAGACUUGCUUGAAUUUGGUAAAGAGGCCUUAAACCUUCAGUCUUCCCCAUGAAAGAAAACAAAUUCCCUCCCAUACAAACAACUAAAGAAUUACCAAGUAAUGUAAUACAUUUCCACAUCAGCAUUAUACGUGGGAGCAAGAUGGUUUAACAGAAGGGUCUGCAGACUCAGCAGGAUGAGACGGUGAGCUUGAAAUAUUAUUUUUGGGAUGUUCCCACAUAAUGAAACAAGAAAAAAAAGGGUUGUUUAACUUAGAACUGCUAAAAGUGUUUUGGGGGGGCGGGUUUCCAGUCACCAAUACUUAAAAAAAUAUAUAUCAUUGUCAUACAGGGUUUUCACUACAUUCCAAUAGUUUAAUGGCAGUCAUGGGCAUACCUUUGGGGAGGGGGUUAAAAUAUAUAAAUUGUUUCCCUGGAUCAGACUGUGGCUGAUCUAGUAUGAUUGAGAGUCACCCACUGUUGUGCUUCCCCAGCCUCUGGCAUGAAAAGUCUGUUAGCUCUAAACAUGCUGGUCCCAUUUAAGCAGUCGUGACUAAUAGCUCUUCUUCAAGAUCCACUGAUUAUCUUCUUCUAAAGUUCUGAGUCUCUUACUAGAAAGGAACUCAUCAGUGACGUGAUAGAUACAAGCACAUUGAGUGGUUCCAACUUGGGGGCCUCACUUUCCUUAAAAUGUUGUGAUUUAUAUCUCUGUGAGAGCUAGAAAAAAUUGCAUUGAGACAAAGCCACAGACUGAGGUUGCAAUCCUAUGCAUACUAAUUUGGUAGCAUGUCUUGGCUUAUUUCCAAGCAAACAUACUUGGAUUGUGCUGUAAAUGCAUAUGAUUGGGCCACUUAUUUCUGUGGUUAUCAAAUCCUUACGCUGACAAUGUACUAAAUUAUCAGCUGCAAGGAGUCAGCAACAUGGUGCUCUCAUGAGCCUUACCUGGCACCUACUGAACCCCCUCCCUCUCCUACUCUUCCCCACUGAAAUUGGGCUUGAAAGAAGCCCUCUACUCUGGCCAAUAGAAUGGGUUGUGUUGUGCGUGUGUGUGGUAACCACAACAGUUUCUCCAGCGUGCAACUGUGCCCAUGUGCUCAGGAACAUCAUCAACCCCCAAUGUGCUUGAAGAUCCUGUGGUUUUAUUUCAAACUGGUCCUCAACUACCACAUCUUAAUUCCCAUCCCUCUGUUGUUUUCCUCACUGACCAAUUUAGCAACAAGUUCUUUGAGGGAAGGGUCCCAUCUCUUUUACCUAUGAAGCUCUGCAAAACGCCAGAUCUACAUAUGAUUUGCCGCCAUCACAUUGAACCAAAACAACAAAGAGUCCGUCAGCGCUUUAAAGACUAGCAUGCAUUGUGGUAUAAAUCUUCAUGGACUUGAGCCCCCAGCACGUGAAUAAUCUCAGGAAGGAGUUGUGUGAUGCUGAGGUGGGGCUAGAGGUAUAAUUCUGCAUCCCCUUUCAACGUGCUUUGCCCCCCUGCAUGAGUAACUCAUGAAAUAAGGUUAUUAUAAGUCAAAAUUCGCAUCUAGCUCUAUUCAAACUGGUCACCUGGUGCUAAAGUUAGGUUAAUGGCUUCCCUUGUCUGGGCUGAAAAACUGAUUGUACAGAACUGAUUUACAAAACUGUAAAAAGCUGGAGAAAAUGGUAUUGUCUUAAGACAACAUGAGUGUAUGUGUUCUACUUCUGGUCUGCAAGAUAAUAAUCUCUCCAUGAGUCACUAUUUUUAAAAGGAAGUCUCUUGUUUGUCUUUUUACAUGCCCCCUUAGGGAUGUCCAUUUUGUUUCUGCUGCAGAAGAUAGAUGGUUUUGGCCCUUCCUUGGUCACCCCUAGGAUUGAACAAAUAUGAAGAAUCAAUGGCCUCUUUCAUUCAUUUUUAUCUCUUAAAGACCAAGGCAACCUCUUGCAACCUUUGCAAUUGCAGUUGUCUUUUCCAUUGCCUAUCUUCAUAAACAUGACAAAUGAUGCUUUGCUAUGAGUAACUAGUCUUGUCCCAAUAGAUAAAUCUGCUGCCAGAAUGGUCUUUGCAGAAAUGCUCCUGGAGGCAAUGACUAUUCUUUGAGAAAACUUUAAAUUUAGGGUCUUUGCAACCCAGAUUUAAAAUGCAACGUCAAUGACAACCUUGGAUGUAUUUGAAGGAAGUGGGGACCAAAAUGCAAGCGGAGGAAAUAGGAUUUCCUUAAAUGGUUAUAUCAACUAUGCACGUAAAGCCACAAAAGUUAUUAGUUCAUGCAUUUGAGAUAGCCUGCCUGCCCUCAAAUACCUGUGUUAGUUAUUUACUGUUUAAAGGAAAUAGUAACUACCUUACAAAAGCUUCUUUGCCUGGAGACAAUUCUUACUCACCAGGUCAGUCACCCAUUUACAAGCCUGAACAAAUGUUCUUCAAACAAGCUUGACAAUGGUUUUACCCAGUGCUAUUUUUCUAGAAAAAGAGGUGCUGGAACUCACUUCAUUCUCUUAGAAUGGCAAUGGUGCCCACCUGAGAGGUUCUGGAACUGAGUUCUGGUGAAUUCUGGCUGGGGAAAAAGCCCUGUUUUUUCCAAACCAACUUCAUUGGUAUAAGUCAGACUGAGUUCAUUACCUAAUGAAACAGCCAGCUUUGACGGAUUAAAUUGUAAGAUAAGAAGUGCCAGGGCUGUGUUGCAAGCGACUGCAAUUUCUCUGAACAUGCUUAACAAAUACUCUCUUCUCCUGCAAGGUGGCAGAUAUCAGAAAAAGAAAAGGGGAAAAAGUUUGGCUUACCACCUGAAAUAAAUGUUUAGCCCUGGAACUAUAAGUAGGUGCUGUGGCUGAGUUUCUGCCUUAAUUUAAAUGCUGAUUAAAAAUAUGUACUUCCUAUAAGGAGGCAAUGACAGGAGGCAGUGGAAGUGUUGGUAAAUAUACUGCUGAAAACUAGAGGUUACAAUAAUUUUGAAUACUGCAUACAGUCAAUAUCAAACUUCACUCCCCUUCCCCCAGAGUUUUCUGUUUCUCAACCCCGCCCCCAAAAAAACCCCAACCACCCACACUUAAUAUUCUGUGCCUGUUGAGCAUGCUCAGUCCUCACUGGGCUGUAGGUUCCAUCCCUUAAACUUUUAAAUUUCUGCUUCUGCAAACUUUGGGGUUCUACCACGCAUGCUGACACCGCCCUCUCAUUUCUCAGUGGCCCCAUUUUGGCUACAAUUCUGUCAUUAAUCACCAGCUAAGUUUACUUUUAGUGGAAGUGAUGGUUGCCAUUGGUAGUGUUUAUAACUGCGCACUAACAACAACAAUUUUUGACCCACCAGUUAGGGCACCUUUUUAGCUGAUCGAUACAAAAAUGAUUAAUCCAAUUCUAAUCAAUUAAACCUUUCAGGCCUAUAUUUUGUGGUAGGAAAACAAAAACUUUUGUCAAGCGUGUCAAGACCUAGACAGACUCUUUUUUCAUGCUUUAUUCUAGCAGAUAAUGUAAGAAGUAAUAGCAGAUUCGAACAGGACAGAGCUUCUAGAUUGCAUUUCAUUGGCACUAUAUCAUGCACUAGCAAGAAGGAAAAAAUAAGCACUUCAUUUUUUUGCCAUUAUUGCUUGGCUGAAGUAUUAUUUCAUUUUGGUUUAGGACUCAUAUGGCAAACAGAGAGUAUCUCAUUAGUCUCACUGCUUUACCACUGAUGUAUUUUGUCUGAGCUCUGAGAAACUGAGACCCAUUCUCAAGUAAAGCCAUACAUGGGAUUUUCCCAUGAUAACUGCAUCCAAAUGUACAUCUGAGGAUCCUUGUGAAUGCCAGCCACAAGGGUGCACUCCGAAAUUUAAGCCAUAGAAGGGUCAUAUUAUGUUUCGGUCUCACAUGUGACAUGUGAUCAGGCAGAGCACUGGAAUGAUUCUGUCCUCCAGGACAAUUGCGGCCUGUGGUUCUUGAAAUGUAGGCUAUCCUCUUUAUUCCUACAUAUCCCAGUCCAGAAAACCCAUUCCCAAUUAGGGCAUCCUGUUAUACUAUCCAAUAAUUGAAUUAUGUUGCCGAGAUCAGAAAAGCCACUUCCAAUCUCUUUCCUAAGUUUUCAGUGGGAGGAAUACUAUAAAUAAAGGAUAUUUUCCUGUAAACUCCCUCCCCUACACCUCCACCCUGGUUUUCUUCUGGUAGUUGAUCUAAAAUUGUUUAUAUAUAACUUUGAUCAUGAUCCUACCUCCCAUAGUCAGAGCACAUCCACAUCAUGGCAGCAGUUCACACAGCUAUAGUGUGGUGAGUGUAUUUCCUUGAGGCAGCUCUUGCUAGCGAUGGUUAGUUUCCUCAAGGGCGUAGUGUUUGGGUUUUUCACUUACUUAUUUUUUGAUUUCUAAAAAUACAGACCACACACUGAAGACUAUCACAUUUUCUCUUGUUUGCGAAUACAGUGGAAGCUCAGUUUUCGUGCAUCUCGGAAGCCAAAUGUUUUGGAACCCGAACGCUGAAAACCUGGAAGUAAUUGCUUCCGUUUUUGAACAUGCCUCGGAAGUCGAACGGCUUUCUCAAUUUUCACCAUUGAAAUUGCUGACAACCCUUUGCGCCUCAGUUGUCCAAAGGUCCGGAAGUCAAAUGUUCUUCUGGAACGGUUUACGUUCGACAACUGAGGUUCCACUGUAUAAGGAAAGCCCCUUUGGAUUAGACCAAAGACCUAUGCAGUCCAACGUCCUUUUUUUCUCACAGUGACCAACUAGAUGCCUAUGGGAAGGGCACAAACAGAACAUGAACGCAAGAGUCCUGUUGCUCACAUUCUUCAGCAGUUGGGAUUCAGAGGCCUACUGCAUGCACCUAUCAUGGCGGAUACCCAUUGGUAGCCUUACCCACCAUGAUUUUUUCUAAUUCCCCUUUAAAGCGAUCCAAAUCAGUGGGCAUCACUACAACUUGUGGUGGUCAAUUUAUAAUUUAACUAUGUGCUGUGCGAAAAAGUCCUUUCUUUUGUCUGUCUGGACUCUCCCACCGUUCAGCUUCAGAGGGUGAUGGUCCCUGGUUCUAGAGUUAUGAGAAAGGAAGAAAAAGUUCUCUCAAUCUACCUUUCCCACGAAAAAACAUUCAUAAUUGGAUAAACCUCUGUAUCUUGUCUCUUCUUACUCACUUCAACCCUCCUCCAAACAAAAAAUGCCCCAGUCCCCAGAUCGUAUUCCUUGCCAUCUUUCUCAGUUACAUUGGAACCAGGGAGAAGGCUUUGCACACAUAUGUGAAAGAAACUUAAGAAUGGAAAUUGGCACACAAUUCCACACUGCCCCCUGCCAGUAAUGCUUAGAUAAAAUAAAGGUAAAGGGACCCCUGACCAUUAGGUCCAGUCAUGACAGACUCUGGGGUUGCGGCGCUCAUCUCGCUUUAUUGGCCAAGGGAGCCGGCGUACAGCUUCUGGGUCGUGUGGCCAGCAUGACUAGGCCGCUCCUGGCGAACCAGAGCAGCGCAUGGAAAUGCCGUUUACCUUCCCGCCGGAGCGGUACCUAUUUAUCUACUUGCACUUUGACGUGCUUUCAAACUGCUAGGUUGGCAGGAGCAGGGACCGAGCAACGGGAGCUCACCCUGUCGCGGGGAUUCGAACCACCAACCUUCUGAUCAGCAAGUCCUAGGCUCUGUGGUUUAACCCACAGCGCCACCCGCAUCUUGGCAAAUCCAAGGGCUGGCUCAAGAGAGUUUGAAGCCUAAGACAAAAAACCCAAAGAGCUCCAUUUACUGUCUCUUGCACAGCUGCCAUUCAUUUCAAUGGAGUUUGAGAAAUAUGGAGAUAAUACUAGCCUACUUUACAAGGUUUUGUGAUGGUUAAUACUGAGAUAAUGUACACAGAGAGCUUUGAACAUAUGAAACGCACCAUAUAAACGUUGAGUAUUUCAUGCUUUCAAGUCUCUCCAAGAAAGGAUCCCGAGUGGAGUUUGCCUAUCAGGCCUUUUAGUACUUCAGGAAAUAAUGUGAGGAGAGAGCAGAGUAUCUUCUUAUAAUGUCAAAAGAAUUCUGUCUUGAUACUUUGGUGGCCUAAAGUGAGUAUGUAUGGCCUAGAUUUACAGAUGGAUGCAUGCAUGCAUUUAUGUACUUUUGAGAUUUAUAUCCCAUCACAUGGCUUCAAAGGAGCUAUAAGAUGAACACAAACAGUGGGAGUCCACAAAGUUCUGCUUUCUGGGCAUCAUAUAAUUGUACAUUUGGAAAAGUACAUGUUAAUUCCCCCAAAUGUUUACAUACAUGCUUUAGAAGUAUGUUUUAAGCAGGAAACAUUUUAACCAUGUAUUUAUUAUACAUUACCCCCAAACCAUUCUUGCAGUGCUUCGAGAUGUUUUCCUUGGGUUACUUUCCCGAUGUAUUUUUUUUGUUUUGUUUUGUUUACAGUUUGACAUUCUCCUCCUCAUUCUCGUCUCUUGUUUUUCUUAACUGUAUCCUGUUGUAAUAUUCCCUUUGGAAGGCCUUUUCUAAGAGUAUUUUUGUACAGAUUUUGAAAGCUUCCUUCCUGGCUUUUGCAUCCUCUCUUCAGAUGUCUAAAUUAGAGAUAAUGGUCCUUUGCUAAACUUCUCAGGAGAUGAGGGAAAGGAGAGGACUUUAUAGUCUCUUCUCCACACAGCUUGCUUAAUUUGUAAUGUGCAUAAAACGCCGUGUGUUAGAAACAGUGCCUUACUGUUAGCUGUUAGCAAGGAAGAGACAUCAACAUUCAAGGCAAGCUUUUACGAAUAUGUCAGCAUUUUCUAAUCCAUUUUUCCAAUCUUCCAUGGAGCUUUGGGAAAAUGAUGGAGACAGUAUUUAAAUGACAGUUCAAGGGUCUGUAAGAACUAAGAAUCAAACUCAAAAUAAUUUAAAUAGCUGCUGUUGAAACCAGAGGUGAGUUCCUUUAAAUAUGUACUAGAUGAAUCAUUGUUAUAAUAUGAUGAUGAUGAUGAUGAUUUAUUAUUUAUACCCCGCCCAUCUGGCUAGGUUUCCCCAGCCACUCUGGGCGGCUUCCAACAAAACACUAAAAUACAAUAACCUAUUCAACGUUAAAAGCUUCCCUAAACAGGGCUGCCUUCAGAUGUCUUCUAAAAAUUUGGUAGUUAUUUUUCUCUUUGACAUCUGGUGGGAGGGCGUUCCACAGGGCGGGCGCCACUACUAAGAAGGCUCUCUGCCUGGUUCCCUGCAACCUCACUUCUCACAGUGAGGGAACCUCCAGAAGGCCCUUGGCGCUGGACCUCAGUGUCCAGGCAGAACAAUGGAGGUGGAGAUGCUCCUUCAGGUAUACUGGACCGAGGCCUUUUAGGGCUUUAAAGCAGUGCUUUUUUUCUGGAGGAAAUUUUUCAAAUGUUAAAAGUGUAGCACUCACUGUAACAACUUCAUGGUGAGUACCGGCACCUGUUUUUCUUAAAAACAACAACUAAAACACUGGUUGAAAGCUUUACUUGCUUUGAAGAAAGUGUGUGGCCGGUACUGUCAAUCAGCAGCAUUCAUUUGCCGCACUAUUGCUCCUCCCCUCCCAUUAUUGUUGGUGCUGUCAAUAAUAGUCUCUUGUCAGAAGAAUAAGGAGGAGGAGCAGCAGCAGCAACAACAACAACAUAUCAUUAUGCAGCCACAAGCAUUCUUGGAUGACACCGAUUAUUUAGAUCCAUUCCAAUCUGGGUUCAGGCUUGGCCAUGUUACAGAGUCAGCCUUGGUUGGCCUGAUGAAGUUUAUCCUUCGCAGAGUUACAAUUCCCAGCAACCCUUAACAAACUGUAUUGCCCAUAAUUCUUUGAGGAAAAGAACAUGCUUCAAAUGUGCUUUGAUGGCACAGGGUGUUCACAGCCCUAGUCUCCUACCAACUUCAUACAACAUAACAGUGAUAUUAGCCUACUGCACCGAUAUUUAGGCCAAGAUUGGUGUACACCUCCCAGGAGCGCAGGCAGUGCUGGUGGCAAACAGAUGCAGCAGAAAAGAGAACGAUGCUGUAUGUACUUUUGAACUACAGUGGUACCUCGGGUUACAGGUGCUUCAGGUUACAGACGCUUCAGGUUACAGACUCAGCUAACCCAGAAAUAGUACCUCGGGUUAAGAACUUUGCUUCAGGAUGAGAACAGAAAUUGUGCUCUGGUGGCGCGGCGGCAGCGGGAAGCCCCAUUAGCUAAAGUGGUGCUUCAGGUUAAGAACAGUUUCAGGUUUAGAACAGACCUCCAGAACGAAUUAAGUUCUUAACCCGAGGUACCACUGUAGUUACUAAUCUAUACACAUAACAGGAAAAAUAACUGGCUUGUCAGAGGCUACAUUCUGGCGCUGCAUUAGUUUCCCUUUGCUCAGGAACAAUUGCAAUUUGCUAUGAUCUAUUCCUAACAAAUAAUCUUUCUUCCCCACCAUCCAACCCCAACACAUUGUUUUCCAGUGGCCAGGAUCCUUGGGUGUGUCCUGUGGGAUUUUUUUUUUUUUUACUUUCAAUCAUUUUUUCAACAGCAAACUCCCAGGCCAUAUUAGAAACUGCUUUUGAAAGUCCUGUGGGUUUCAAAUGUGCUCCGCCAUGUGAUAUGGGGUGUGUGUUGUGGUUUGAAAAAUAUAAUCCCAUAGUGCUCUUCGGCAUGCAUAACUAAUUGCGCUGCUCUUUGGAUGGCAGCCAGUGAAUCGAAGCACAGUUGCAUGCAUGGUUGUAUUCACCUCCCUUGAGUUAGAUGGCUAUUAAUACUGUGAACUUCGGAGAGAGAAAACGUAAUUGUCUCUAGACUGGUUAUGUAACAUGCUUGCUUUUCAAUUCACCUAAUGAAUGUGCUAGGAGCAGAGAUUAAUCCUUGAACUUUUUUUUAUAUAUACAUGGCAUGCUCUUCAAAGCUUUACAUAUUAUCAUCCAAUGGCUAAAAGGAAAUUGUAAUGUUACACCUCACUAACAUCUUGCGAUGGGGAAAAUGGGUGAAAUAUUCCAGUGCAUUGUAACAUUCCGUUUCUCAAAAAAAAUUAUUAGCUAUUUGCCCACCUUCUCUGUUACCAAGUUUGUUCAUUAUUGUGGCUGUGAGGAGGUAAAUAACCCUUCCCUGAUCUUCUAAUAAUACUGUUGUUUUCAUGUAACCAAGAAACAAUGAGGGUCCAAUGGCAAAAUGUAACACAUUUAUUUAUUUAAUAAAAUGUAUACACAACUUGUUUGUAAGAAACCUCAAAGUAGUUUCCCCCACAUGUUUGAGAAUGGACUCUCAUAUUUAUUAAUCAUUGGUUGUAUAAAUUACACACACCCAAAAUUUACUGACAUUGCAUGACAUUUCUAAUAGGAAUAUUUAUCUCUGACGUAUAAGAUUACAUGAAAUAUGGGUGCAGUAAAUUUCCCUUUCUUUUCACUAGGAAAAUGGGGUGUGGAGCAUUACUGCCUCAGUCUGCUUCUUGUCCAUACUAUGUUAUUUCUAUCUGUGCUGCAGGAAAAGCAUAUUGGGAAUCAGGACUGGUCUAUGGUGCUGACUUGAGUACAUGUCAGAGCCUAAGCACCCUUCUGAUUUUGCCAAAUACAGAAUAAUUGUCAUGGACGACCAGGAUCUAGAAUUCUCUGUCUUCUAUUGGCGGUUGUGGUAUUGUGUAUAAAUUCAAUUCUUAAUAAAGCAAGCUUAGGGAGCCUACAGUGUUGAAGAAGAAACUUUAGCAAGUGUUUGCAAUUUCCUCCCCACCCCCCAAACUUAUUAUUUGGGCUGAAAACAAAGCAGAAGAAAAAUCAGCCCAAAAGAAAUAGCUUUAUUUGGUGAAAUGCGCCUUUGAUCUCUGUGGGUUGCUGCUUUCUUCUUUUCCUUCAGCUGCUUUGUGGGGUUUCAAAACCUUACGUUCUCCAGCUGUGAAUGUGUAUUUUAUCAUACCAAGAACCUAUAGUGCGAUUCAUGGGUUACUAUAGCUAAUCUCUAGAAACACUCUCGCUUUUAAGAUUUAAUAGGUUGUGUUUUUCUUAUCAGAGGGAAACACAGUUCCAAGACUGAUACCACUGUGUCUUAAAAUCAUAUUCAUAGUUAUGACCUAUUCCUCCUCUCCCUUCUGCACACUAAUUGGCUGAACAGCCUUGGACCCAAGUCUGGCUGGCUGCCAUAAUUCUUACAGGAAGCCUCCAGGCUACCUCACUGCAAGGCCAAGUUUAAAUUUGCCUAUAUCUUGAGGGGGAAAGUACAAUUGUUAGCUGAUAAUUCACUGCAUUCCGAGUUGCAGAAAUCUGAAACAGGCUCUUUUUACUUCAGGAAAUCGCUGGCAAUGAUCUGAAAACAGGGCCAUUGUUUGUUUGGCGCCUCUGCUGGGCAGCAUAGUUGGUUAUUCCAACUCUGUUUCACAGCAUAAAAUCACACCUUGGCCACAGUGUUAAUGAGCUAUAUAAUAUGUUCAUUUAGUUGGGUGUAAGUCUCACUGUCCAUAGUAAUGAACUGGGUGAUUCAAUGAGAGGCCUGUGGGCCGCAUGUGGCCCUCGAGGCCUUUUUUAGUAGCCAUUGGCAACAUUUGACAUUGUACUGCAUUCCCAAAACUGGGUAAGCGAGGUACUGGGCUUUGGGAAGGAGGCAUGAGGGCUCCGACAGGGUCCUAGAUUCCUCUUGCCUCCUUCCCAAAGCCAAGUUAGUGCUUUCCCAGCUUUGGGAAGGAAGUAGGAGGGCUCUAGGACCCUGUGUCCUGAACCCUUGGCCUACCAGGCAGCAAAUCAGUAUGUUAAGCCCCCAGUUGAGGAUCAAUCCACUUGUCAAAAGUCCAAACAGAAGCACACUCCUGCAGAGAUUCAGGAGCAUCCAAACUGAGGCCCAUCAACGUGGGCAGUUGAGCAGACACAGCACCUCAGCUCUGCUUCCCUUUUGUUCCUUGCAUGCUGAUUGCAGCACCUGGGCUGGAUGAGGCAUGUGGGCCUCACCUGUUCCAAGCCAACUCCAGCUGAGGAAUCACACCCCUCCUCCCAGAGCUAGCAAUCCCCACCUGGUCAGCUAAGGAGCUGGGCUGUGGGCCCUUGCCUGCCUCAGCUUCCUGGAGCACCUCUCCUGCUGCUGCCUGCGCCUCAGAGCUCACCAUGUUUGGGGAGACAGACUCUGGCUCUGGAGAUGGGUCCUGCUGCUCUGGUUCCUGUGUACUGACCCCCAUCCCUUCAUCAUCCUCCAUCACCCUGUGAGUACCAACCUCUCCUUCCCCAUCCCUAGCUUGCCCCAGCGUGUCUCAGUCCAGGCUACACCCCUCGCCAGUUUUCUCUGCCUCAUCCCCAUUGUCCUGCCAGUUCACGACACCCUGCCAGAGCCUUGUGCCUCCUUCUCACAGCCCCUGUCUGGCCAGCUUUGGGAAGGCAGAGCAAGGGCUGGGGUGGCACCCCACUACCACCACACAACAAGGCAGUGUGCAGCCUGCAGGUUCUGUGUUGAAGUACUCUUGCAGUCCACUUGGUAUGAAAAGUUGGACAGCCCUGGUAAAGAAUAUAGGACUCUGCCGUAGGCUAGCCCUUCGGUCCACCUAAUUCUCCAGCGUUUCAAACAGAGGUCUUUGCCAGCUCUACCUGGAGAUGCUAGGGAUUGAGUCUGGGAUCUCCUGCAUGCAAAGCACACAUUCGCCCUCUCAUUUAGCAGGAUUUAUAGCUCAGAAAAAUUGCAUGCUCGAGCUGUAAUUCUUUCAAGGACUGCAGUCUUUCUCUGAGAGGAGGUGAUCCUCCAGGUCCUAAGGCCAAUUCAUACCAUGUGGAGAUUGAGUGUGGAGCAGUCUUCUUUUGCAAGAACGUUAUUACACAUUGCAUGUAGAAGGUUGCUUCCUUGCUCCCCACAUUAACCUCAACCCCACUGUUAAAAUCUGCCACCCAAAGAAGCUCUGGUUCAGGUGAUGCAUUUUAAUAUGGAGCAGAUAAGAAGUCUAUAUUGUGGUCACUGCAGAUUUGAAAUCUGGUCAACUCAGGGUAGAAGGAGGAUCCUUUUUGUAGAUUACAGGUGGGGAGCAGGAAGCAAAUGAGUUGGGGAAAGAAGUAAAUAUCCAGUUUUGAACCUCCCAGGUCCUUCAUUGGGGAGCUUCUAUUACAAGUUCAAUAUUUUGUUAAUACUGUUUCCUCUUUUCUUCUACUGGCAGGUCUGAAAUAUUUUGGAUAUUUCUUCUUUUCCUGCCCCUUUGCUUCCUGGUCCCUUUCCCCAUUUUCUAGGGGGUUCCCCCUUCUUGCUGUACCUUUUUUUGGUAGAAAAAGGAUUGGAACUCGGUGCAGGUUGUAUUUCUAACAGGAAUGCUAGAGCCACGCAAUCCUAGAUUUGGCUUCUUGCUUGAAAACAGCAUGUGAACAUCAGUUCUCCUCUCUUUUGCCAGCUCCUGGCCAUACAUACUCCUAUUUUCAUUUCCUCCUUUCUUCCAGUUUCUGCCCUCUAUCCAUUCCACCCAUCUGCUGCUUUCUAAAGUCUCUCCUUUCCUCUUUGCUACUUUUAAUCUUCCUUUCCAAGGACCUUCUUCCUGUCCUGCCCCACCCCUUUCUAACCAUCAGUCAGUCUGGAGAGUCACUUCAUCACAAUGGCAAAAAUACUUCAGUUCAUGAAAUAAUUUCUAUUUCAACACUUUUGGAUUACCUCUGUUUUCAGCUUUUUUGUGCUGGGGGGUAAAUUUAUACCACACUGCAGUUUUAAAGUAUACGGAUCUUUAUCAGCAGUACAUCUCAACAAAUUCAGAUGGAACGUGCCAUUAUUUGUUAUGAGAGCAAACCAUUCUGUGGUAAGCCACACAAGGAUGUGUUAAAGACCUGCAGAAAUGCAGGCAGUAAACUCCUAAAUCGUGGGGCAUAAUUUCAGCAACAGGGCCCUUGUCUGUUUUGAGACCAGCAUACGAUGUUGCUCUCCUUUCAGUCAAACAGGCUGCCUCUCAGUUUGGAGAUUAAAAAGUGCAACACCCAGAUUUAGCAUUUUUUCAAUCAUAAGCAUCAAGCAGCUUUUAAUGAAUCCAAUGUAGCAAUGCAGUUUGUCUGUUUAAUAACAUAGCACCAGACACUUAGUUCUCAGUAAUCAAACUGGGUGGCUGUAGAGGCAGACUGCUUGGGAGACAGUGGAAAGGAGGAAAUACCACAGGCUCUCUGACUGCAGUUCAACACUCAAACAUGUUCUUAGUUAACCCUAGUAGAUGAAAAUAGGGAUGUCCUAAGUAAAAGUGGAUGGGACGCGGGUGGUGCUGUGGUCUAAACCACAGAGCCAGGGCUUGCUGAUCGGAAGGUUGGCGGUUCGAAUCUCCGUGACGGGGUGAGCUCCCGUUGCUUGGUCCCUGCUCCUGCCAACCUAGCAGUUCGAAAGCACAUCAAAGUGCAAGUAGAUAAAUAGGUACCGCUCCGGCGGGAAGGUAAAUGGCGUUUCUGUGCUCUGCUCUGGUUCGCCAGAAGCGGCUUAGUCAUGCUGGCCACAUGACCCAGAAGCUGUGCAUCGGCUCCCUUGGCCAGUAAAGUGAGAUGAGCGCUGCAACCCCAGAGUCAUCUGUGACUGGACUUAAUGGUCAGGGGUCCCUUUACCUUUAAGUAAAAGUGGGCCAUUAUGGGAUCAAACCUUCUGUAAAUCUGGGACUGUUGCUGGAAAAUAAGGACACUUGGAGGGUUUGGUAUUGAAAUAAGGAUUUGUGUUUUUAUUUAAAGAGACUAAAAGCACAAGCACGAAAGAGACAGCAGCUUUCAUUACAGCAGUAUGCAGAGGCUGUUCAAAUUAAUACAAAAUCCAAUCAAAAUGGGUGUGUCCAACUCUGGACUAGCAAAACUGAUAAUGAAAAGAGCAAGAUCCUCUGCACAUACAGAGGUACAAUUAGUCUCUGCAGUGAGCCAGCCACUCCCAGGAUUUGAUGAGUCCCAAGUUCCACAUUGUAUGGAACUAGUUUGCGUUGCACAUGGUACAAUGACUCACCUACUUCGGUGUUCUGCAUUGUUUGACCUUUUAGCCUCACUUUGUAGAAAACUUCUCUUCUUUCUUCUUAUGUUCAGGGUAUACACCUGCCCACUGAGGUGAGUAUUUCGUGCAUCUGAUAGAGUGGCCCAUGAAAGCUCAGGCCAAGAGAAUUUCCUCUCUAAUGUGCUACCAGACACUUGAUUGUUUUUAGUCCAACAGGCCAGGACGGCCGUCCCUUCUGGAAAUCUUCAAAAAUGGCUUCUUUUGCUUUGGAAAGAAACUGCACUUCCCAACAAUCAGUAAGGCAGUUGGAAGGGUUGUCUUGUUUGUGAUUCACAUAGUUGGUGGACCAGUAUUUCCUCCCGCAGCAAGUUGCCUUUCAGAACAAAAGAGGGAUUUUUGUUUCAGUAAAGUGCCAAUUGUGUGAAACCUGCUCAAAAGCUGCUCUGCUUCUUAGACACUCAAAAUUCUGGCAUGUUCUCUGCUGGCACCUCUCUACAGCAGAUUUGUUUUUCUUUGUGUUAACUCAGAUUGCAUGUUCAUAUCUAUCUUUUCCAUACAGCAGAAAUGUUACGGCUGCUGGGCGGUGUUUUCCCCUUAUGAGGUAUUCUGCCCUUUUCCCCUUAUGGGGUAUCCAAGAGCCCGUAUAGUCUCCUUACGUGGGUUCCCUAUUGGUAGGAGAAAAUAACAAAGGCCAAUCAGAGAAUAUUGAGAAGCAAAGCAGCUAGUAAGCCUGAUCUUUCUUGAUCUGUUGCAACAGGGUGCUCCCCUCACACGCAGGAAAGGAGGAGGACCCUGAACAAAGGUGUGCCCACCCUUAUAUAGACAUUUUAAAUUCCCUGCCCUGGAGCUCAAGACCACCCCUCCAUACAUCAUACAAACAUCACAGAAGGGGUGUAACCCAAGACCACCCCCCACAAACAUCAUACCUACAUCACAGAAAAGGUGGUCUACAACAGAAAUUUGAAUGUUGUUGUUUUUCCUGUCUGCCAGGUUAUCUGAUAAUGCCUUAUCUGAUUGCCUUUUCUGGUAGUCUGUCACCCUUUGAAUGGUGAUUACUAAAUUCCUGUAACAAGGAAGGUUUUUUUCACCUCCUCUCUCUUUGCAGAGAAACAUUUGGUCAGCUUGGGAGUCAAAAUGGUUUCAGGACUGUCUUCCUGUGCUGCUUCAGACAUGUGGUUUAUAUAUUUAUGUACGUGUUUGCUUGGUACAUUUAUGAACAUUUAAUAUAUAUCUAAGACCUUAAAAUUCUUAUUACAGAGACCAUCUUUGGUUAAGCUGGUGGCUUGCUAAUAGUCGGGGUGGUUGACUGACAUUCCCUUAGUAGCAGCCAGUGUCUGAGGACGUUUUAUUUAAUGGCCAUUCUACGUGCCGGCUGGGAUCUGAAAUCAGUUUUCUGUUAGUGAGUGGGUGUAGUAGAAGUGAAGGCAGUUUGAAUUUGGACACAGAGGCCCCUUUUGUAUGUCAUGGUAAACCAUUGUUAUUGCCUUACUGUGGGGUAGCCAAUAUGGUUCAGAUGUUAUUAGACGACAACUCCCAUCAACCCCAUUUUGGGGUUGUUUGUUUGUUUUUACUUAACUCUUCUUGUAUGCAGGGGAAUCAAAACAUGGUUCAUUUUUUCUCAAGCAAACCACAACAAUUAAGCCAAGAACAAACGAGAACAAAAGAUUGCGGCUUGUUGGAAGUAAAAUAAAACACAAAUCCAAGUUUGGACAUAAGAGCACGCCAGAAAUGGUGGUUUGUUUCCUCUGCACAAUACCAGGGAGGAGCAAAGUAGCAAAGAUUGGUGCAACAUUUAACUAUGGUUUAUUAUGAUGUUCAAACAAGGCCGGAGGCAAUAUUUAAACAAAAUGAUAAGUAGUGUGUUGAUUGUGAAUGAAUGACCCUGGAUGAGCCUCAGGCUCACACUCCCCUUCCUUUUCCUCCUGUGUCAAAACUGGGAGCAAUUUUGUAGCUUUCGCUUCUGUUUUUAACUGAGUUCAGUAUUAUGUCUAAACCUGUGGUUAGUCUUAAUUACGAUUUACUAAAUCUGUAGCAUAUUUUCAUAAUAAUUUGCUACCGAAGGAUAAAAGGUGAGAGCAGAAGAGACGUGAGCAUCCUAAAAGGAAGGAAAUCUUACUGCACAUGACAUGCCUGUUAUCUGAACUUCGUAUGCAGGCAGGCACAUGUAGUUUACUUGUUUCUGGGUAGAUGACAGGUUGGGUGCGGCUCACUGUUGCUUUAAAUCUCUCAGGUGCACACGGCAAAGUUUGUCUUUCCAGCCGUCUGUGAUGUCAUGCAUUUCCUUGUGUGGGCCAGCCAAUUAAAAAAGUUUUCUUCCUGCAGGUAUCAGAUUGGGAGCUCGAAUGCCUUGUUGUCGAAUGCCUUGUUGUCGGGCUAGACAUCUGUUGAAGAAGGCUGCUUUCUUUUCUUUUCUUCUGGUCGGGAUGUACCUUAUGACCCUGCAAAUGAAUUGAGAAUCUAGUUGCAUACACUGGUAACGAAAGGUGAGUUGAGUUACGCUGUUUUGCUCUAAACUUUCAUUCUCGCUUAUGGGCUCCAGGCUAUUAUUAAAGAAGCAAAUCCUAACCUGUCAGAGGAACUAAUUGUAGGGAACAAAUAUUUGCAUGCUUUUAAAAGAGCUGGAUAAUGUGCUUGCUUUUAUAGUUUUGAAGUGAAAUUUCUGCUUCAGUCUUCCACUGUGGCUUUUAUUGUGAGAAAGGCCUCUGUGAGGCUGCGUGUAACAUUGUGUUGGAAGGUUUAAUUCACUGAAGCGGCAAACCUGUGCAGGCUGACUGGAGAGUAAGUCCCACUGAUUUACUGUCAGGUAAAAAUGCAGAGUCAUACUAUAAGGAGACGGCAAUCUUCACAUUGAUUACUCUGUAGAACCAACAUACUUGAGAAGCGUUUUAAGGAUUGCAGUUUAAAUGCAGCUGGAUUAUAGUUUCUGUAUGGAUUAUUUUAAAUCCCUCAUUUUUCCCCUAAAUGCUAAUUAAACAACAUCCUUCUUAACAUCAGUUGUAAUUGCUUUGUUUUAUAUCCCUUGGCUGGCAAAACCCCGGGUUUAUAUGGUGAAAUCUCACCAGAACCACACUGAAACCUCUCUCACAAAAUCUCCUGUCGUUAAAGUCUUCCCGUAUAUAGUUUCUUGUUACUGCUAACAUGUUUGGCUUUGUAAAAAAAGGACAAGGAUAGACCUGCCCCUGCACAGAAUUUGCCCCAGAUUGCAAAGGAGUAGACUGCAUAAAAAUCUGUAACGCUCUGUGUGUGUUUUCAGAAGUCAGUCCUGCUGCGAUCAACAAGGUCUACAUGUUUAGGUUAGCAGCUGAUGGAAGCUAUUUGCUGUUUGGUUUCGAACACAGGUUUAUGUGGUGUGCUGGAUACAGCCAGCUGAUGUUCUAGUGUGAUCAAAGCAGCUUUUAACUCUGCACACCCUGUGACCCAGGAAGCUGAAUGCAGCCAUAUAUGGUGGCCUGACAGGGUCCCAAUUUAUCUCCUGUUUUUGUUGGUUGCCUGGGACUGCAGGGACAAAAGGACUGGGCAGAGAAGAACUUGGAGAUGCACCUGGAGACACCAAAACAUGCCAGUUGGUAGAGUCUGUGCAGUUUGGUAGAGCACGAGUUGUGCAGCAAAACAGAUCUGAAAAGUUAGUUUCCCAUUUGUUAUGGGAUUGUGUAAGGCAUUUGCAGAUACUUUAUGUACAUGAGGUGUACAUAACUCUGUCCUUUCCCAAAAUUUGAAAUGGGCAAAUCUUUUCAUGUUCCUAUACUUGUAAGAAGCACUUUAAGAAUUUGUUUUGUCACAUAUAGUACAUGCAAAUACAGUGCAUGCAUUUGUUUUCUAAAGGCUCCAAUUUAAUGGGGGGUGGGGAGGAAUCAGAAUUAAGGAUUAAUGUUUAUACAGUCAUAUCUUGGAAGCGAGUGGCGCUGUGGGUUAAACCACAGAGCCUAGGACUUGCCGAUCAGAAGGUUGGCGGUUCGAAUCCCCGCAACGGGGUGAGCUCCCGUUGUUCGGUCCCUGCUCCUGCCAACCUAGCAGUUGGAAAGCACGUCAAACUGCAAGUAGAUGGCGGGAAGGUAAACGGCGUUUCCGUGCGCUGCUCUGGUUCACCAGAAGCAGCUUAGUCAUGCUGGCCACAUGACCCGGAAACUGUACGCCGGCUCCCUCGGCCAAUAAAGCGAGAUGAGCGCCGUACCCCAGAGUCGGCCACGACUGGACCUAAUGGUCAGGGGUCCCUUUAUCUUGGAAGCCGAACGGAAGCUGUUCCGGAAGUCAGUUUGGCAAUCAAGGCACGGAUUCCAACUGGCUGCAGGAGCUUCAGGCACAUAAUUGGAAACUGCGUCGGACAUUCAGCUUCCAAAGAACGUUCACAAACUGGAACACUCACUUCUGGGUUUGCGGCAUUCGGGAGCCAAAACGUUCGACUCACAAGGCGUUUGACUUCCGAUGUACGACUGUAGUAGGAAGCACAACUUUAUGGGAUUUUCCUGUUAAAUCUUGUGUGGCUUCAUAGACCCCCUUAAUCCUGCACUCUUCCUUUCAACUUGAGACACAGUGUGGUAUUAUGGUUGUUAUGUCAGAUUAGGACCUGGGAGACUAGAGUUCAAAUCCCCACUUGACCAGGAUACUCACUGGGGGACCUCAGGCCAGUCACUGCCUCUCAGCCUAACCAACCUCUCAGGGUUGUUGUGUGGAUUACAUGAUGAUGGGGAGAAUGAUGUACACCACCUUGACAUCCUUUGGAGAAAAAGGUGGGAUUUAAAUGCAAUCAAUCAAUCAAUCAAUCAAUCAAUCAAUCAUUAUCCACUUAAAUGGAAGUAGGCAUAAUAAUGAUAAUAAGAAAGUAAUGGCAACUGGCUAACCUCUUACACAGGCAUAGACAAACUCGGCCCUCCCGAUGUUUUGUGACUACCACUCCCAUCAUGCCUAGCUAACAGGACCAGUGGUCAGGGAUGGUGGGAAUUGUAGUCCCCAAGUUUGCCUAUGCCUGCUCUUACCAGUUGCAUCUGCAUCAAAGUAACUAUUGAGUUAUUCAAUGAAUUUUCAUCAUGUUGAACUAUGUAAUGGUAUUAAAGGUAAAGGGACCCCUGACCAUUAGGUCCAGUUGUGGCCGACUCUGGGGUUGCGGCACUCAUCUCGCUUUAUUGGCCAAGGGAGCCAGCGUACAGCUUCCGGGUCAUGUGGCCAGCAUGACUAAGCCACUUCUGGCGAACCAGAGCAGCGCACAGAAACGCCGUUUACCUUCCCACCGGGGGUACCUAUUUAUCUACUUGCACUUUGACGUGCUUUCGAACUGCUAGGUUGACAGGAGCUGGGACCGAGCAACGGGAGCUCACCCCGUCACAGGGAUUUGAACCGCUGACCUUCUGAUCGGCAAGUCCUAGGCUCUGUGGUUUAACCCACAGCGCCACUGCAGUCAUCGUUGUUGUUGUUUAGUCGUUUAGUCGUGUCCACUCUUCAUGACCCCAUGGACCAGAGCAUGCCAGGCACUUCUGUCUUCCACUGUCUCCCGCAGUUUGGUCAGACUCAGUUCAUUUUGCUCCUAGGUUUGUUCUUCCAGCGUCUUUGGUACUUUCUGGAGGGUUUUUCUGGACUUCUGGGUCUGGGCGUUAACGGCUGCAGGCCUUUAUUAGAUAUAUAGCCCAGAGCUGAGAAAAGGAAUGUUCCUGGCUCUGAAUACUGCAUGUAUAUUGGAGAAGAAAAUGGAUAUGCUAUGUGAGAACUCAGCAAAAGGUUCCAGUGGCUCCCAAUAGAAUAGCAUUUUUGGUGAGAAAUGCAUAUAAAAUACACAGGCAGGAUAAGAGAUUUGAUUCACUCUAUUGGCUUGGAAAAUGUAUUGUUGUGCAGAAUGUAACAUCACCUAAUAAAUCAAGGAUCUUUUUUUCCCAUGUAAGAAAGAAAAGGAAAAAAAACUUUCCAAACUGACUAGCAUUCACACUGCUUGUGCAUGUCCAGUAUGACACUUCAAAUGUCCAGUUUGAAACGAAACUCCCCAAAUACAUAUUUUUAAAAGAAAACUCUGACAUUCCCCCCACAUCAAGAACAUUAAUUUCUAAAGUGCAACUUUUGUAUGGAAGAGCACAUAUAACUUUGUUUUCAGUAUUUUAAAGGAGAAUAGCCCAUUACUGGUCCAUCUAGCCUUGAUAUGUUUUAUAGAUAUAGCCUUAUGAAUAGCCAGUGCCUGCUUCUUGGGAUAUCUGUAUACACUGCUUUUUUUCUGGAGGUGAUGUAGGGGGAGGCAUACCCCUAAACAUUUUGUGAAUCUAUGUUUGGCCUCAUUGAAGGGCAACAUUUCAAUAUGAGUAGGAAAAUGAGAGUACCCCUAAACAUUUUUUAAGAAAAAAAGCACUGUAUACCUGAAGGAGCGUCUCCACCCCCAUCAUUCAGCCUGGACACUGAGGUCCAGCUCUGAGAACCUUCUGGCAGUUCCCUCACUGUGAAAAGUGAAGUUACAUCCUCCCAUCAGAUAUCAAGGAGAUAAAUAAUUAUAUGACCUUCCGUAGACAUCUGCAGGCAGCCCUGUAUCGGGAUUCUUUUAAUGUGUGGUGCCCUGUUGUGGUGGUGGUGAUGAUGGUGUUAAUGUGUGAUAUUCAGUUGCUGUUGUUGUUGUUGUUGUUGUUGUUGUUGUUGUGUUUUUAUAUAUCCUGUUGGAAGCUACCCAAAGCUACUGGGGCAACCCAGUCAGAUAGGCUGGGUACAAAAAGUAAAGCAUUCUUAUUAUUAUUAUUAUUAUUAUUAUUAUUAAAUAAUAAUAAUAUAAACCAAUCAACCGUGUAACAAGCAGUGUCCACAUUUUGAACUCAAUAGACAGGUAAAAUGAAAUUAGACACAUGUCCGGCCAUUUAUUCAAAACCAUGGGAGAAAACAAUUCAUAUAUCCCGAAGCAGGGUCUGACUGAUGAGAAUUCUCAAGUCACCCUGAAGUCAACCCUCAAGGAUAGGUGUUUGCUUGAUCUCAGUGCUUAGAGAGGAGGAGCUGCUGUUGCGCUGUAGACUUUUGUUUUCACACUAGGUUAAUUUCUCCUGGCAAUUGAGAAGAGAGGGAAAUUAACUGAGCCAAGCUUUCCUCAUGUGACAGAUGAUUGCAGGGCACCCUCAGAAUUCCAAACAGGCAGAGUUUGACAACCUCUGACAUGGUGAGUGUUAAAUGUAGCCAAAUUUUAAGAGUUGGACUAUAUAUAGGAGUAAUUGGGUGGAAAUUGCUCAGGAAAAAAGGUUUUAAAAAAUUGCUCAGAACAGCCUCCAUGACUCGUGACUGUUGCACAUGACAGACAAAACACACACACAGUGGGCAUUGGCAUGUGGGUUGUUCCCACUGUGUCAAGAGUCUUUCAUACCACUUCAAGAUGUUAAAUGGCAGUGACUGGUUGUGGGUUGACACGAAGCUGUUUACAUAAAUGGAAUUGGUCUACUUAGCUACUUGCUCUCCAUGUCUACAAGGCAUAUUCAUGUGUCAGUUUGUAAUGUGUCACCCACUUAGACCUCUAGUUUUCAAGUUCAGGUAUGAGGUACUCUCAGGUAGCUCAGGCAUUUAGUCAGUGGCUAUGUGAGGACAAUCCUGUCAUGGCAGCCACCCAUCCUGCAAACCUAUUUGCAGACUUUCUUCACAUAACUCCUCCCCACAACGUUCCACAUGUUCCCACUCAUCGUGCAGGCCAACCAGCGUGCAUUGUUUUCUGACACUGGUUGUGAUAGCAUGUAAAUAUAUCUUUAUCCAUCCAAGCCCUUGCCUCUCCUUCCCCCGCCAGUCUUUCUGUUUAUUAUAAUCAGACUUGGCUGAAAUAUUGAAAUUCUCUGUGCAGUGUGUGCACGUGUAAACCUGUGCGAGACGGUGCUAUCCAUAUCCGAUGCCACCACCGCCAUCUUGGAUGCUUUGCCAUGUGACCUAAGUAUGAGGAUAUCUGAAGUGGUGAGAGCAGAUACCAUCUUUGGUUUGCACAGGAACACUUGAUAUGCCCUUGUGCUUGUGAAUAUGAAAUGUAGCUGUGAUGAAAUGGUUGGCUUGACGAAAGCCAAUAGGAAAGCAGAGAUACCAAGGAUAGUUUGGUGGAAUAAAGGCUGCGUGAUUCAAUCUAUUUCUAGAGCAGCUAAGGGAUGGCAGGAGGUGAGUUUUCCAUGCAGAAGAAGAAGAAGAAGAGAAGAGUUUGGAUUUGAUGUCCCGCUUUAUCACUACCCUAAGGAGUCUCAAAGCGGCUAACAAUCUCCUUUCCCUUCCUCCCCCACAACAAACACUCUGUGAGGUGAGUGGGGCUGAGAGACUUCAAAGAAGUGUGACUGGCCCAAGGUCACCCAGCAGCUGCAUGUGGAGGAGCGGAGACGCGAACCCGGUUCUCCAGAUUACAAGACUACUGCACUUAACCACUACACCACACUGGCUUUAGAUUCUUUCUCCACGCAGGGCUAGGAAAACCUAAACCUAAAAAGUCAGUGCCCAAGAAAGAGAAUAGGGAACUAGAUGGGUCAGUGGUCUGACUCAGUAUCAGGCAGUUUCCUAUGUUCCUGUGUUCCUAAACAGGCUUCAGUUCUAGCACAAGACUCAUUCAGGAAUAUGUGAUUAUGGGCAAGUCAUCCAAACACACUCCAUGUCAUCUAACCAGUGAGAUGAGUUCAUGCGUGGAAGCAUGAGGCUUCUUUUAAUAAUGUCCGAAUACUUGGAAGCCCUGUAGAUUAAAGGAACCGCAUGAGCACACAGCAUAAUUAAAACAUAAUAUGCUAAGUGCAGUAGAGUUAAUGCACCUAGUUAACUAUCACAUGUGCUGAAAUUAUGUAACUGAGCGAUUUGAAUACUAUCUUACAAGUGUUCUGUGGUAUGUCUCAAAAUUGCCUGCAGCUUCUUGGUUGAUAACCCACUGGACUUGUUGGACAAGAGCUGGCCUUAAAGCUAAGUGGCAAGUGCAAGAAAAUCUUUAGAAAGUGAACUGCAGUUGCAGUCCUUGGAUGGAAUCCAACACUCUGCAAUUGGACUUUGGCUCACACGGUAAUUCAGCUUUCGCUCCACCCCUUGCAGGUACUUGCACCCUUCAGAAAAAUCUGCUCUGGAAGGUCCCCCAGUCCCCCAGAGCAGAUUUUGAGGUGCAAAGAGGAUUUUGAGACAGAGGAAGGUGGAGGAGCAGAAGUCUGUUCUGCUAGGGUACAGACAAUGUUGGAUACAAUCCCUGGGACCUGUGAGUGGCCCUGGAACAUCUUAUAAGGAAAGGUGGUGCAUGUACUUUAGAAAUAAAAUGAAGAAAUGUGCAUGCAUCUGAAAAACACAUGCACAUGAGCAAGUGGGAGGGGCUGAAACGCAAUGUGCAUUUACAUGGGAACAGGUCCUGUUAAACUUGCUGUUGGAUAAACAUGCAUCAGGCUGCGGGUUCCAAAGGGUGUAAGAUAAAAUGCAGUGUUUUAAAGGAAGGAGGGUUUUAGGUUUAUAUGUGUGCAUGGGACUCAGGUGGUGCUGUGGUCUAAACCACUGAACUUCUUGGGCUUGCCAAUCAGAAAGUCAAUGGUUUGAAUCCGCGCUAUGGUGGUGAGCUCCCAUUGCUCUGUCCCAGCUUCUGCCAACCUAGCAGUUCGAAAGCAUACCAGUGCAAGUAGAUAAAUAGGUACCACUGUGGUGGGAAGGUAAAUGGUGUUUCAUUGCGCUCCAGCACUCAACACGGUCCUCUGUGCGCCAGAAGCGGUUUUGUCAUGCUGGCCACAUGACCUGGAAAGCUGUCUGUGGACAAACGCCAGCUCCCUCGGCCUGAAAGCAAGAUGAGCGCCACAACCCCAUAGUCGCCUUUGACUGGACUUAACCGUCCAGGGGUCCUUUUCCUUUUGUGACGUAUCUGAGAUCCCUGCAUUGCAGGAGGUUGGACCACAUGGUCUUUGGGAUCCCUUCCAGCUCUACAAUUCUAUGAUCUGCUGUGCCAUAGUGACAUCAUCACAUCAGGCCAGCUUGGGACUCUUACAAGCACAGCUGUUGUCUGAGAGACAUUGUUGCAGGAAUAAGGCUGUAUUUGGCCCUUCAAGGGAAAGCUGCUCCAUUUGCUCUACCCCUCACAACCUUGAUAGAGUUGCUGGCUGAGAGGAGCAGCUGCCUGAGGAUUUCCUCCUGCUUUCUUUGGCAUCGGGGGUCGGUGCAUUUGGGAGGCAUGAGACUUAAAAAAAAAGAGGUCUAAAAUAUCUGUAAGCUGCAUUUUACCACUUUCUGGUCGAAAGGCAUAGUAAUAAACUCAAACUGUCUGCUUUCCUCCCUUUUGGUUUGGGAAGUUGCAUGAUUGAGGCAUGGCAAAGAAAACUCUCAGGUUCGCUGAGGUUCCCUGGGCUCUGGCAUAUGGCAGUGGUGACAUGUACAGUGGUACCUCAGGUUACAGACUCCGCUAACCCAGAAAUAGUACCUCGGGUUAAGAACUUUGCUUCAGCAUGAGAACAGAAAUCGUGCGGCAGCAGCGGGAGGCCCCAUUAGCUAAAGUGGUACCUCAGGUUAAGAACAGUUUCAGGUUGAGAAUGGACCUCCGGAAUGAAUUAAGUACUUAACCUGAGGUACCACUGUAUUUAAUGGUUUAGCAAGAUUUAUAAGCAGCUCAAUCACAAAAUAUCUCUGAGCUAUUUGUAGAACAUGGUAUGAAAUAUUUGUUACAAUAAACUUUAACAACAGUAGAUGGGAUAAAAAAUACAGACGAUGUCGACAGUUUAAAAAUCAAACACACAUAAUAAAAUUAUGUGUCUGGUUGUGUAGACACCAAAUUGAGGCACCAAAUUUACCCUGGACCCACUAUGGAGUGCAAAUGUAUUAUUUUUCAGACAUCCAGGGGACACCCAGGAAUUACUCACUCUGCUCCAAAUUAAUUCCAGAGAGAACUUGGACAGGUCAAUCAAUCAUUAACUCAAGUGCAACUAUUAGGAUCCAACACAGAUGCUACCGUACAAGCAGGGACGUGAGCAUUUCCACCCUCGCCCCCUCAAGAUUUGCGGUUUGUUUAGCCUGGCUAUCCAAAUCAAAUUAACUGAAAGGCCUCAAUUAUCAAUUUAACGUCUGGGGAAUAACUCCGUUUUUAUUGUACUUGAGUUCCAGGAAUCUCAGGCACACUGUAUGGGAAGCCAGCUGGCUUCUCUAUAUAAACUGAGCCAGCUGAAGAUGAAAAUAAAACUGCUUCUGGCUACAUUUUGCCAAACUGAAAGAAAAUAUGCAAAAGGUUUCACACAUCUCCUCCUCACCCCACCCUUGUUUCUCUCUCCCCCCCCCCCACAAUCUAUGAACAGUGAUUCCACCAUAAGCUCACUCAUGUAUUGCAUUAAAGUUAUGCUUCACCUAAAACCAUGCAAUGAUGGAUUGGCACCAAGUUAUUACUGGGAAGGCUUUGUGUUGGUGGCUUUGCUGUCAAGCCCGACAGCUGUGAGUGAAUUACGCAGGCCUUGCUUAAAUAGUGCCCCAAGCAAAACAUUGUGCCACACAAACCCACGCAGUUAUUAUGCAACAUUUCUGAGAAAAGCUACUUUUCAGGGUUUUUGUUGUUUGUUUGCCCAUUCAGAGUCAUCUCCCCCUGGUUCUUUGGUGCCCUGUUGGUUGCUCAGGCAGUUAAGCAGUGUUAGGUUGGUUCUUGUACUGCGGACACAUGUAGACUGAGGAGCUCCCUGCUACUGUUAACUGAAAGGCUACUGACUAUAUUUGUUGUCACAUGCUCAAUCUUCUCUUGAGGAUCAAGUUCAGGAAGAGCAAGUCUGGCUUGCUCAAAGCAGGAGGGGCUGUGUAGUGUUCCACUUUGAAGCAAACAACCAAAUUUUAAAACCAAACAAGAAAGGCACCAGAAAUGCGUAAUGGCACAUUUAUGCAAACAAUUUAAAGUUGAACAGCCAUGAGAAGCACACAGGAAAAGGCAAUACGAUCAAGAAAAUGGGACAAUUUGAAGAUGGUCCUUAGGCAGAAGAGGGGGUUUCAGCAGAUGUAGCUUGCAUAACAAUCUUUUACAUAUGGCCCCGUUAGGAGGCAAGUAUUUAUGUCAUCCGAAGAGAGGAGGUAGAGGAAUGCCAAGUUCACCCCAUGGGACGAAAAUCCUGUGCUGGCUCCAUUUUUAUUUACAUGCGUGUGCCUUUUGGCUUAGCCAAACUGCUGGAUUUUUUUAAACGCUGGGUUUUCUUUUCUUUAUUUGUUUUAUGGACUUGAUUCAAUUAGAAUGAACAAAAAUAGCUUGUAGAACAGAAUGAAUUUGGUUUAAGGAAGGGAUGUUCCCAUUUUUCAUGCCUGUCAACAAGCUUUGCUGUAGAGGCAUGGAAAUUUAGCGUAGAAUUUGGUUGCCUACAGAGCUUGGCUUUCACUUUAAUCCUCCCCACCCCACCAGGGGAUUCUCGGAGUUAUAGUGUCAGUCUCAGUUCUUUGAUUCCCAGGGGGCCAUGGGCAGGACCUCUAGUGGUCAGAGAAAGGAUUUUCGAGUCCCUAAAUAUCCCUGCUGUGUUGCAUGGCUACAAAUUCCUGAUUUCCUUCCUCCUCCUCGCACUCUUGCAUCAGUCCUUGCCAUGUGCUCAUCAGAUAUAUUCCUAACAAGUUUUGCUUUCAAAAUCAUGAGAAAGCUUCCAUUGCUCAGCUAGACACACAUCCCCUAAUUUGACUGAAAUGUAUCUGUCAGAUGCACCCUUGCCUGUACUUCUUCCUGCUUUUUGGUCUAUUGGAUAUGUUGAAAUGAAUGGCAAUUCUGUUUGAUUAUUCCCUCCUGGGAAGCAACAUGACUGCACUGAGUGCUACUGAUUAGCUGGCCAGCUGUGUUCAAAAAAAGAACCCCUACUGAAUAAGAGUUUGGGAUGUGUCAUUAGUUAAACCUUUAAGGAAUUUUGGAGUAUGGUAAAAUAUUAAUUUUCUUAGUAACUAGAUAUAUCAGGAGGGUAAUGAUAGCUUAGUUUUAAAAUCAGGCAUCUCCCAUUAAACUAGCUGCCAUAAAGUAGAUUAAGGAAACGCAUCUGAUACAGAGAGACCAGUAAUAUCCCUUUGUAAAAAUGGCUGGAGGAGAACAUGUCUAGAGCAGUUAAACCAAUGAACUGAGAAAACAUAACAGGCAGUGCUUUAAAUAAAAUGUACUCUAUAAUGUUAAUUUUAAGCUUUGUAGAUUUCAUUUUUCCAAUUACGCGAUGGCUUCUUUGUUCCCACAAUUAUAUAUUAAGAUACCUCUCUAAUUAUGUCUUAGUCUUAAUUGGCUUUCCAAUCUUCUGAGUUCAGUUAACAGGCAUCUUCCCACUGCUGACCUUGGUAGUCAUAAGUCUAAAAAUGUAUCUAUCAGGUUUUUGACAGGUCCGGCUUACCUCUAUGUGUAUGUCCAUGACAAUGGAGUCUUCCUUCCCCAACUUUAUUCCCCAUCUUCAAAAUAGGAGUCCCCAAUAACUUGUCUUAGGGCUCUUCCAUACUUGGGGCUCAUCCACACCUCAUUUUAAGCUUGUAAUUUGAUCCUAUCCUUGCUUAUUCAGAAAUUCCACUUAAUUCAAUGGAAACAGGGCCUUUCACAUUUCAAUGGUGCCCCAUACAAGGCCAAAAUUUGGCACCCAACUCUCACUUUCCAAUCUGCCCAAUUCACUACAUUAUCAUUGUGGUUCCUUGCAGCACCCACUAGGCUCGGCAUCCGGUGCAUGGAACUGGUCACACUGCCCUAAAUCUGCCUCUGAUGGAAAGUGUAGGUGAUAUCACAGCAGUGAAGCCUGAGCCUAUUUGUGUUUAAUUAAAGGUGUCCCAAUGCAUUCAGUGACACUUUAUUUAUAUGGAGGUACAAAGACAGCUACAGUAUUUAAGCAUAAGAUUGGGCUGUAUGUUUAAGAUAAGGUUACUAGAUUUUUUUCAAUGAAUCCGGGGACACUUUAAAUAAAUGAAUACUACGUGUUUGGGACAUUGAUGCUGCAGCGAUGGCGGUGUCAGAGGGGUGGCUGCCACCUUGACCUCAACCACCACAUUUCCCCUUCCUCCGAGGCUUCUAUCUCCUUUCUCCAUGAGCCUGGGCAGCCCCUGAGUUGUUGGCUCUUCGGUGGUGGUGGUGGUGGGGAAGCGGUGCGAGGUGGGUCAGGCAUGGAAGGCGGAGAAGGAUGGCUGAGAGCAGCAGCAGCAAGGCUCAGGCAGCGCAAUGCCUGCUCUCGCACCGGAGCAGCCCCAAUCCCAUUCCUACUUGCGUGCAAGCAGGAGGGGGUGGGGAUCCCUCAGCUGGGAAGGGAGGCUUCUGGUUGCCUAACUGAGAAAUCCCUGCCCCCUCCUGCUUGCAUGCAAGCUCUGAUAGGCAGCAUGAAGCCUCCCUUCACAGCUGAGAGAUCCCUGCCCCGCUCCUACUUGCACGCAAGUAGGAGUUGGGAGGCUGCUUCCUAUAGGCAUCGUGAAGCCUCCCUUCACAGCUUAGUUGCUGGGGUCAGGGAAGGUGGAGGGAGCCUGGAAGCUGCAUCUUAGAGCCCCUGCACCACCAUCAUCUGGGGACUUCUGAGCAGCUCCUGAAGCCAGCCAGAGCUGACUGCUCCAGGCUGCUGAGACUGCCGCUGCUGCAUUUCCUGGGGACAUUAGAUGGAAUCCGGGGACAUUCCGGGGAUGGAAUUUGUCCAGGGAUUUAUUCGUAAAUCCGGGGACUGUCCUCGGGAAACGGGGACAUCUGGUAACCCUAGUUUAAGAGCAAUCCUGCAGGGUCAAUUUUUUUUGGGGGGGGGAAUUGAAUUGCUCAAGGCCACCCAGUGAGCCUCACAGCUGAAUGAGGAUCUGAACCUGGUUUCUCAGAUUCCAACUAGUGCACCCUGAGUGAUCUUUAUUAACUGCCAAAAAGUCAUAUUUCCAGAUCAAGACAACUGUGUCCUUGGAUCUUCAUGAUGUGACCGGACUGCCUGGGGGGAAAAACUCUGCCUGAACAUUCAGAGGAACAACUUAAGUGGCAGUCGAGCAAUUUGCACUCUCUAGCCCUACGCAUUUGCAUAAUAAGAUUUAUUGCAGGCAGUGCCGUUGCAUUUAUGAGGGCAAUUAGGAGGAGUACAUACUUUGAGGAGUAGUUCAGGAGAGAUCAGGCACCUGACUUGGUUUACACCACAUGACUGGCUCCUGAUGUAUAGGUGAGAAGCAUGCCGGUGAAGCAGUAAGUUCACGUCUGUCUUGCUGUUGAUCAGCCUCUUGGGACAGGACUUUUCUUGCCUUCAGAAUCAGCCAAGAAAGUAUCUGUCAAAGCUUAUGUUGAUUAGGUUACUCAAGAAGUAGGAAAGGUAGGAGAGCGUUCUUUUUGGAAGGUGAAAUACUCUGAAGUCACUGGUCUUUUGAAAUAUGUGUGAACUGCCGCAGGACAUCGCUAUAUGGAAUACAGCUAGAGACAAGGUAAGCCUUCUCCUCUGUAAGAUGCAGAGCAUGGGCUCAGUGUAGCUUGUACUGGGGGAUUGAACAUGUAGCACAUGUUGGCACAUGGACUUGGCCCUCCAUCUAAGAAUAUACACGCUGGAGCCUGCUUCCAUGAGAAAAUAGCAUCUGGUUUCUAUUCCUGUGGCUGCAAUUUGUUUUAACUGCUUUGAAUACUGAAUUUUAAAUUGUUGUAUAACCUGCCCUGGGAGCUUCUGGAGAAGGGCAAGUAAUAAAUUCACUACUACUAAUAAUGAUUGGGGUGGGGCUGUUUCUAAUCGUGUGCUAAUGACUAGAUUGUAUAUACAUGUGGGAACUGUGGCAGAGGAUUUGUGUGAAAUACAAAUAUUUUACCAUUGCUAUAUUUUUUACCAUGACCUUAUUUUUUACCAUUUUUGUUUUUUUUAACCAUUUUAGCAUGUCUAUUUUUUUUUAGUAUCCUGUACCUCUGUUGUCUGUGACUAUGACUGAGUGUUUAGAAUGCACAAAAUGGACUUGAAGGGCUUAGAUGUGUCAAGGUUUCUUUUUUUUAAUAAAGAAAGAAUGGAGAGUUAAGUUGUUGCAGCUGAGACUGGUUUGUUGUAAGGUUUACAAGGUGUCUGUGGAAACUUGCAUUGCUUUGUAUUAGAUUCAUAUGUAGGCACAUUGUAAUCCUUUGGAAGGAAGUCUUGCUGUGUUCAAUGGGGUUGACUCCCAGGGAAGUGUGCAUAUGAUUGCAAACAAAAACUAGGGAGCGUAUAUUCCCUCCCCCCUUUUCUCUCUCAUACACAAAUGUCGAAAACACAUGGUAUGGUUUUACUGAAACCUUUGUCGAAGAAACAAUUAUUUCCUAGAACUGCAUGGACAUUUCCAAAUCAAAAUUCAGAUCCAGUGUGGUGUGUUGACUAGGACCUGGGAGACCAAGAGUCAAAUCCCCACUCAGUCAUGAAGCUCACUGGGUGACCUUGAAGCCUCUCAGCCCAACCUACCUGAUAGGUUGGAUAACAUGGGGGUGGGGAGAACUUUGUCUGCUGCCUUGAGCUGCUUGGAAGAAAGACAAUCAAUAAACAGAAUCCACUGGGGGUGGAGCUACAAUUGCCCAAGUUUUGUGCAUACACAUUCCUUUAGAGCAGGCUUCUUCAACCUUGGUGCUCCAGAUGUUUUUGGCCUACAACUCCCAGGAUCCCUAGCUAGCAGGACCAGUGGUCAGGGAUGAUGGGAAUUAUAGUCUCGAAACAUCUGGAGGGCCGAGGUUGAGAAAGCCUGCUUUAGAGGUGUCGUGAUAAUAGAAAUGUAUUAGUGAAGUGUGGUGUUUAUCUAUAGCUUCAGCUAUUAGAAAAUCCUCUCCUAAGAAGCACACAAUCAAUGACUGUUUGAUUCUUGUCGUGUUGGAAAUGUGAGGGAAUCAGCUCAUAGAUGCAUGGGCCUUUGGUUAUUUGGAAGUUGUUAUUCAGCUGGUGAAGGAAGCUAAAAAGUUGCCUCCUAGGUCUGCUGAGUCAGGCAUUCCACAAGGUAGGCGCCACCCUACUUGGAAAGGACUUGUUUAGUCCUGGGUGUUCUCAUUGAUAAUAAUUCAGGUACCAGGGAAAACAUUGAGUAAGGCCACUGACUGCCCUGGUAUCAAAGGCUAGAGCUGAAGAUAAGCAGUGCUAUUUUUCUAGAGAAAGAGGUGUCCGAACUCAUGAAUGCCUCCCUUGUUCUCUUAUAAUGGCAAUGGCGCCCACCUGAGAGGUGCCAAAACUGAGUGACGGUGAGUUCUGGCUGACAAAAUCCCUGCUUAUUUGUUCAAUGCAUGUCUCGCCCUUCCUCCCAAAGGAGGAUAGUAAACACAAGCAAUAAAACAAAGCAUCUAAAACAAUUUCAAUUAGCACAAGUAGUUUUGAAAAAUAAGUAAUGAUAGUCUUUCAUGUGAAUUUGGCCUUGGAGACGUUUUCUUGUGACUCUAAUGUAGCAUUGGAUAACUAACGUUGCAAAAUUAAUUGCACUGUUUUAGAUAUUUAUUUUUUUAAAAAAUGCCACACUUAACUUAUGGUUGGUAUUUGUUUUAAAAGCAUUUCCUAUAGAAAAGUGGCUUUGUCUGUAGUGGCUCCAUGUUUGUGGCAGCUCUCCCCUGGGAAGUUUGCCUGGCACCUUCAUUACACACCUUUAGGUGCCAGGCAGAAACGUUCCUCUUUAACCAGGCCUUUGGAUGAUGAACAUCUUAUACCCCUUUAAGGUGUGUUUGUGGGAUGGGGAUGUUAUUGGGGUUUUAAAAUCAUGUAUUUUGUGUUUUUAUGUUGUAUUUUUAUGUUGUGAACUGCACUGAGAUCUGCGGAUGAAGGGCGGUAUACAAAUUUAAUAAAUAAUAAUAAUAGGCUGAAAUCUUUUAUGUCCUUUUGUGGAAGCAUAUCCCAUGGGACCUGAUGUGCCUUAGCUUCUGCGGGCACAGCUUGUAGGAUGGAAGAAGUUUGAGGUGGCCUUGAGGAGCAGCCACAGGGAGGGCCACAUUGCCAGAGUUGUGAGGUAGGGACAAAUUUAGGCCUGUGUGAGCCAAGGGGCACCGUCUCAAAGCCCAGUAAGUGAGGCGCUGGGCUUUGGGAAGAAGGCAGGAGGUUCUGACAGGGUUCUAGAGUCCUCCCAUUUCCUUCCUAAAGCUUUGUUAGUGUUUUCCCAGCUUUGGAACGCAGCAUGAGGGCUGAAGGAGGCACCAGAUUUCGGCCUUGCACAAGGCCCCAUAGUACCCAAGUCCACCACUGUGUGAGGGCAAUUGUUCCUUAUGAGAUUUGGUACAAGAAGGGGGAAACCAGCAUAUUUAAGGCAGUCUCGCCCUUUGCCCAAGGUUAGUUUUGUGAGGCAGGCAGUGCUCUCCUCUCCCAGUUUUUGGCAGUUGCCCUGAGAGUCUUGGAUCCACCUUAUAGGGUUAGGGGGGGAUUUUUGCAUGUUCUGCAGAAUUGGCCUUUGCAGAGCCGGCUUGUUGUCUUCCCCAGGGCGCUGUAGUUGGGAUGGGAUGUGUUCUAGCUUUAAUUGGUCUAAUUGGACUUGUUAAUUUUUGUCACGGCUUGGCAGGUGGCCAGUGGCUGAGGAGGAGCCCUUUAGAGGUGAGAAAGAGCCUGGGAGGUAACAUCAUUGUCAAGGAAAGGUGGAGAGUUUAGCACAGAUUGACAUCUCCUUAGGGACAAGCUGGGGUGGCAAAGUACAAGUGGCUGCCAUUUGGAGCUGGCAUUCAACCGACCCUGGGAUUGGGCAGGCUUGCCCAGUUGGGGAUAGGUCAAUUGGUGGGACAGCCAUGCUGGGCCUCAGGAGCACAGGGAUCUCCUUAAUGACUGGUCUGGGGAUGUUAAUUAUUAAAAGUUGCCCGUUUAAAAUAAAGUUGUGGCCUCCUUAAAUCUAUUUAUGUGUCUCACUCUUUUAUUGGCACACAUAAUAAGCAUGUUUCAGAUGAACCAUGCAAAUAAAUCUUGUGCUACAACUCAUCAGAUGUCAGCCAAUGGUAGGUGACAUAAAAACAAGACAAUUGCUGUAAUAGUUUUGGUGGUAUGAGAAGCAGUUGGAUUUUCUGUUGGAUUUCAAGACUUGGUGUCUACCUUCGAAAAGCCACUUCUAGUAUUUAAAGUUAGGACAUCAAAGGUUCUACUUACUCAUUUCAGAUGUGCUCUGCAAGUGAAAUACUUACAUCCAUUGAACAUCUUGGCUGUACUUUAGUUGAGAUAUCAGUGCUUUAAGGUUACUAUCAUACAUACAAAUAUGAUGAACAGAAUCAUAGAGUUGGGAUGGACCCCUGGGGUCAUCUAGUCCAACCCCCUGCAAUGUAGGAAUCUUUCCCCCCCAGAAUGGGACUUGAAUCCCCAGCCCUGAGGUUAAUAGUCUCGUGAUGCUUAAGAAAAGCAAAGACAGUCAGGCAGUCAAAAUGUAUUUGUUUUUAACCAUGUGCCAUAACAAAACAGGGUUGUAUUUAGAGUUUAGAAAAAAAUGCAGGCUGCAUAUAUAAAUAGAGCAGUUGUUCCUAAUGCUACAGUUGCAAAAACCACAAAAUCAUUUUAGGGUCAAAUAAAACAAGAAGCUUAUUAAACAUCCCCACAACAACUUAUAUAAGAUGAUCUUCCAUGACAUGCAGCGCCCUUAACGCACCACAGCUGCCAUUAUUCUUUGGGAGAAUCCGUGAGCUUUAAACAUACGGUGUGGAUGUCACCAAAGACUCAGUCCAGGCAUGUCAGCAGCAUAUUUAAAGUGGCUCUUAUGUUGGGUUGAUCACCUGUAUUACACUGUGGAAUGCCAGACAGCGAGGUACAAAUCGCAUUCUGCAAGGCACGAUAUAAGCCACAAGAUGUUUCAUGUGAAUCAGCCCUUCCAUGGGCUUGUUCUUCAGGAAUGAGCUACUUCCUGUGAGCAAGAGAACAGCAGGUAGCAAAUUUUGGCACUGAAUUUUCUAUGUCAUCUUUUGAUUACAGCACAAGAGCCUGAUCCAACAAAGUCUUGCCUUACCUUGCUAUGUCUCCCUCCCUCCCCGCAUCACUAUGAGUCACAGCAGGAAACCAAGCAGUGCCCAGGAACCAAAUACCGUUCCCGUUAGCAGUUCCUCACUUCUUGAGUAUCAUUUCUUCUUGAGUGAGUUGCCAACUUCUCACUUGAACUGGCAGUAAUUCAGAGCUGCAGUAUCUGUCUCCAAGGGUGCAGAAAGUUACCUGGGACUUGCUCUGUAUACUAGGAUGUGGGUUGUGCCAGCACUGUGUAGGAUGUCAUUAGGUCAGACUCUUAGUAUGAAGUAAAAAGCCUACAGUCUGGAAUUUGUGGAUUUAACAUACUGACACAUACCCGUGUCUGUGUUGACUUGACUAUAUGUGUCUCUACUGGGUCUUUUUGAUCUUCUUUAUUACAACAGCAGAAUAUGGCCUGAAGGGAGCAAUGCUGCUCUCUUGGCCUGCUUUUUUUAUUAUUAUCAUUGUGGAUAUAAUUGUAUUCAUGACCUGUAAAAGAAAGCACCAUAUUCCAGCUAAACCUGCUUUCAACUGGAUAAACUGCUCUGGAGUCUUGCACAAGAGAGAGCGAGGCAGAGAGAGAGGUGAUAGAGCAAUAGCUUCACAAUCUGAAGCUCUUGUUCACAACCCCAGAUGCUGACUCACUGAGGUGACUUUUCGAUAAAUUCUUUGUGUGUCAGCCGCACUCGUUUCCAAAAUGGUAGCAACCUCUAACUGCCUGUAAUGAAAGCUGAUUAAUUUUUCGACAGCAUGUUGGAAUCCCUUGAAGCAUCAAGGUAUUGUUGGCAUCAUUACAAGUUCUGUCAACUGACUGGAAUUUUUAAGCAGAUGGGAGGGACUGGUCAGUUAAUAACUGAUGCAGAAACAUAACCAGGAGGUGUAUUGUUAGGGAGGUAGUCUGGUGAGCAGGAGAAGUGUAGACUUGUGCCCCGAUCCUUUAAGCACCUAGUGGCACCCUGAUCAGUAACACAGCCUCAGGCAUCUUCUUCACUAAUUUUUGUUUCCCACAGAGAUCCAAGAGAAGGGAGAGGUUAGCUGGUGUGGUAGGAGCUGAAAUUUCACUGCAUAUAUCACCACCCUACAUGCUCUAGGCGGAGAUACAUACAUUUUGCUCUGCCUGGGUUCCUUGCAAUUAAAAUGCUGGCAGAGAACAGUGCACAGGGGAAAACUGUGUUGAACUGUACUGCUUUUAAUGUGUGUGUUUUUAAUUUUAAAAAAAAUAUGUACACCUUCCUGAUAUCUGAGAGGGUGGUGAUAUAAAUACUUUUAUAAGUAAAUAGCAAAUGUAGCUACACCUUUCCACUGGCCACAACCCUUUCUUGCUCUCAACUCUUUCCACCCCACCAUGAUCUCUUGGCUUUCCCUCAUGAGGUCUUCAGCUUCAGCCACAUCUCACACGGUAGGCCUCAGGCCUACUUUAACACUGGGCUGGCCUCUAUAUCACACUAUGCAACUCCCGCAUUUUAUGUGGGACGCCCCAGAUUUACAGAAGCCACCCUGACUUCUGAUCCCAAUCCUGGAUGUCCCAUUUGGGCUCCUGUGCUUUGGCUGUGCCAGAGUGUGGACCCAAAAGACUUACAUCUUUUUGGGUCCCAUGCUGUGGCCUGAGUCAGUUGUGGGACCAAAAGACACACUUUUGCCUUGUAACCAUGCAUCAUCCGCUCCUCUUCCUCCUUCUGGAAGAACAGUGCUAGUACAUCGGGUGGAAAGCUGAAUCACUGUGGCCCUUGUGGUGGUGGUGAUGGAGGAGGCAAGUGAAGGUGCGUAAGGGCCCAUCAGCAGGAUGGUCCAGUGGGGAAUGCCUUAAGCGAGGAAACAGGAUGCACCUUCCCUCGGAUCUAAGUCAUGUCCAUUAACUUCAAUGGGACUUCAGUAAGUAGGAAAAGCAUUGGAUACAAGCCAUUGAACUCAGUGGGUCUUGCUUCUGAGUAAACAUGCUUAAGAGUUGCCCUGCUAAUGACCUGAAUGCCGGGUUGUUAAUCAUGCAUUUAUACAACCUUUCUAUUUUGUUUUGGUAUCCUCAAGAUUAAAUAAACAGAAUCAAACCUGACACCUCCAGGGAAUGACGACAGAAUAAGGCACAGCACAUUACUUGCAUUAUGGAUAUAGGCUGUGGCUAACAUAAAUAUUGUAUAGUGACCCUAAUCCAUCUUUGCUUUUAUCUGAUGCCUGCCACAAGUAGUAAAUCGAGAAGGGAUUCCCCCCCCCCCCCGGCAUUAAUGAAAUUGUUGUAUAAUCUUUCAGGGCUAUAGCGGUUAUAGUACUUUUCUUUUUCAUAUGUAAUCCUGAAUGCUAGAGAAACAUAAUGUCUCCCCAGGGAAUGGAUUUCAUACUGAAGCAGCAGGCAGAGUUAUGCCUUCAAUAAGAGAGAUGCUGCAGAAUUUUGUGGGGACCCCUGGGAAGCCAGCCUUGAAUUAUAACUAGGUGUGGAAUGAGGCAGGAAGAAAGGAAAUGUAUUUUUGCAGUUUGGGAGGUGCAGGGCACUUCCACAUGGAAGCCUUUUGCCAAGCUAUUUUCCUUCUCAUUCCCCCUUAACCAGAAUUCGGGGUAGCACAGCACUGUCCAUACCUUUCCUCAUUUUAUCAUUAUUCACCCUCGGCAUUCCACCUGUCAAGAAAAAUGGAUGCCAACAAUACCUCUAAGACACGUCACACAGCAUGUCAGAAACAAACUAUAUCCCAAAACUUAAAUCAUAUUGUUUUGAAACAGUGACACCUUGGGAGUUUUCACAACUAUACCAGUCUUAACAAUAUUAAUCAGGGUCCCCACCCCCACCCCCAGAAAGGAAAAUCUGUAUUAACAAGGAGAUUGGGAUGCGUACAACAUCACGCGUCAAAGUUCCUCCUGUUUACUUCACGGUGGUUGCAGAGAUAUCCAGGAACUCCUACUCUGAAGUUACAAGCCGAAAAGUGAGAUUUGAACUCAGUGCCGCAGUGAUUUCCAGGAUCUUCUGACACGGCUGUUGUACAUUAAGUAAAAUUCAGACUUGCAGCUCUUUGCCACAAUGGCGAGAUUUUUCCAGAGACUCCCUGGGUACUAACUUCACACCAACUCUAAAAAUAUAUUCUGUGAGUGAUUAUUCUUUAGGCUAAGCAGCCAAGUGAUGAGGUAAAUAAUAAGUUGCUGCAAAGUGGCAUAAGGAUGAUUUUAAAGUGUCAUCAUUAUAUCACCCAGAGUCUUAGACAUUGACCCUGAUGUCAGUGUCUUGGGGUCAUCCAUGCAGAUCAGUAAUCCAUCUGUCCUUCCCUGCCUUCCACCGCCCCAAGCAUGAACCAUGUGUUUUUAACAGCUGUUUCACAGCUUGGAUAUACACCACUAGGAUUUUGUGAAGACAUGAGAGCAGAUCAAGAGCAAACCAGAGGAAGUUGUCACCCUAUAUAUGUAUGAUAUAUGGUGUUUAUCACCCAUUUCAUGGAGAUGUGGUGCUUGCAGAAAACAUGAAGAAAAAGCGCAGGUGCUGGUUGCAACCCUAAGGAAUAAUGUGAGUAAAAACAACAACACCGCAAGUUAAACAACAUGGAACACAUAGGUUUAUCUUGCCCCAUUGUGUUCCCUACUUGUUGGGUAACAGCAAUCAUAAAGGUAAAGGUAAAGGUACCCCUGACAGUUAAGUCCAGUCUCAGACGACUCUGGGGUUGCGGCGCUCAUCUCGCUCUAUAGGCCGAGGGAGCCAGCGUUUGUCCGCAGACAGCUUCCAGGUCAUGUGGCCAGCAUGACUAAGCCACCUCUGGCAAACCAGAGCAGUGCACGGAAACGCCGUUUACCAUCCCACUGGAAGGUAUUUAUGUACUUGCACUUUGACGUGCUUUCAAACUGCUAGGUGGGCAGGAGCUGGGACCGAGCAACGGGAGCUCACCCCGUCGCCUGGUUUAGACCACAGCCCCACCCGCAUCCCAACAACAAUCAUACAGAGCAUCUAUUUUUUGAGUGCUCAAACUCUUCUGUAAUCUUUAUGUCAAUAAUCCUCACAACCCUGUAAGGUAGGUCAGUAUUAUGAGAAUCAGUGUGUUGUGUAGGAUAAAAUUAAGGACUGGGAUGGAAGAGGCCCAGAUUCAAAUCCCGUCUUGGCCUUAAAGCUUACUGGGUGACCCUGGGCCAGUCACACACUCUCCGUCUAACCUGCCACACAUGUGAUGAUAAAAAAAGGGAGAAUGGUGACACCAGCUUGAGCUUCUUGGUGGAAAGGCAAAAUGUAAAUGAAAUAAACAUUGAAUAAUAAUGUUAUAGUUCCACAUAUUGCACAUUGGCGGAGAGGCGAGGGCGCAGAAGCCGAAAGAUGACUGUCUGACAAAAACCACUUACGGAUUUGACUGACAGUUGCAUAGCCCCAUUUCUGCUGUUAUUUGUUCUUUAAUACAAACUCCUAUUAAGCUUUGAAUCACUGGCUUGCACAAUAAGGUUUGUUUGUUGCGUCCUGUUCCCUAAAAUUAUCAACCACAGAAGUUGCAACACAAUUUAUUUGAUCUUUGCUCUGUUCCCCUGCAGGUUUGAAGACCCACAGGAACAGCGGGCAGUUUUGUGGAUUAAGAUUAACAUCUAG